UUUUAUACUUAAUGUUUUUUUUUUUUUUUUAGGGAGUGAUGUCUCAGUGUUUUCUUCCCAACAACAUGGAUAUCUCUCUGUAGUACAGAAAACUCGUUCUAGAAGUCUUCCAGCCUCUCCUGCCACUUCGCCUAAAAUACCUCCAAAAAGAUUAGGUGGAAGUUUAGGUAGGAGUAAUGAAGACUUAAAAAUGACUCCUAAAAAUUACUUUGAGAGUCAAACAAAAGUGAGCUGUUCUGAAGGGAGUACAGACACUCUAAAAAGGAGAGAGGAGCAAUACAUGAGCAGUUGUGAAUCUGCAAAAACAGUUUGUGAAUCUGAGAUUUCCCCAGCUAAUAUCACAGUCCAUUCUUUGUCUGAAGAUAUCGAAGCCCCCAUGUUCCAUUUUGAAAACAAAGAGGAUGUCACAGUUCAUAAAUUCACUCAUGAAAGUGCUAUAGAUGAAGUUGCAUUGCAACGCCCUGAUCAUUUGAAAGGUGUUUACUCUCUCAAGAAAGGUCAAAGCAAUAUGACAAGCUUAGGUCUAGCUUUUCCUCCAGCUACAACAUGUUGGACAACUAUUCCAGAGAAAAAAGAUUCUGACGAAUGGGAUAACUUGAAUUUCUCCCCACUUUUUAACCUUGCACAAAGUAGAUAUGACAGUGUGGAAGAAAGGUAUUAUUUUUAUUUUACUAGUUUGCCAUUACAAAUUAUACUGUAACUUGGAUCACUGAUUGACAUGUUGAUAUUUUCUUUACUGUAACGUAAACUGUAUCCAGAACAGAACAUGUAUUUCUAACGCAUAUUAUUUCUGCAUUGCUUAAAGGGACACUAUAGUCACCUGAACAACUUUAGCUUAAUGAAGCAGUUUUGGUACCUCACUGCUCAAUUCUCUGCCAUUUAGGAGUUAAAUCCCUUUGUUUAUGAACCAAAAUCACACCUCCCUGCAUGUGACUUGCACAGCCUUCCAUAAACACUUCCUGUAAAGAGAGCCCUAUUUAGGCUUUCUUUAUUGCAAGUUCUGUUUAAUUAAGAUUUUCUUAUCCCCUGCUAUGAUAAUAGCGUGCUAGACCCUGCAAGAGCCUCCUGUAUGUGAUUAAAGUUCAAUUUAGAGAUUGAGAUACAAUUAUUUAAGGUAAAUUACAUAUGUUUGAAAGUGAAACCACUUUUUGUUUUUUUUUAAUGCAGGCUCUGUCGGUCAUAGCCGGGGAGGUGUGGCUAGGGCUGCAUAAACAGAAACAAAGUGAUUUAACUCCUACAUGACAGUGAAUUGAGCAGUGAAAUUGCAGGGGAAUGAUCUAUACACUAAAACUGCUUUAUUUAGCUAAAGUAAUGUAGGUGACUAUAGUGUUCCUUUAAAUGAUUUUUAAUCAAUGUUUUGGGGGGUUUUUUUUGUCUACUUUUUACAAAUACUAAGUUGGUUGUAUAUGGAUUCCAGCAGUCAGCAUGUUUAUGGUUUUGGUUGUGUCAUUAUACAUACCCCCCUUUUUAGCAUACAUUCCACCUUUUUUGCAAAUAUUUUCACCACGGUUAGGAUAUACCGCUUCCCAGAGGGACUAGGCUUAGGUAGCGGCCCCACUAUGUCUACGGCCACAAGGCUAAAAGGUUCCUCAAUGAUGGGAAGGGGGCACAGUUUCGCUUUGUGGCUGUCCCCCCUCUUACCUACUCGCUGACACACGUCACAGGAGGUACAGUAGUGCCUCACGUCCUUGGAAAUUCCCAGCCAGAAAAAGGCGUGUGUCAGCCGGUACCGGGUACGGGUCAUACCUAAAUGGCCAGAGAGAGGAAAAUCGUGAGCUAUACUCAACAGCUCCGGUCUAUAUUUUUGGGGAACUACCAACUGCUUGGUCUUCACUGUGACAGAGCCCCCUAUCACCCUCUCGGCUAUCCUGUACAAUAGCUUUUUCUCCCAAAUGUACCGCUCCACCUCUAGCCUGGCCUGAUCAGUACUUACUCUAUUCCUGUAUACCUGUAACGUGGGGUCUGUCUGGACCCUGGCUUCAAAGGCGGUCGGGGUGUCCCAGGUCAUAUGGGUCAGGGGUGAGUCACGGUCUCUUACCACUAGCCUCAGAGUGUGUUGGUGGAACCAUGGUGCAAGCCUGUUGUCGAGUAGUCACAGGAUGCGCCUCUUGCAGAGGGGCCUGAGGUACAAAUGCAGACGUCAUUCGGCCCAAGUCAUUCCCCAAUACGACAUCCGCGGGUAAUUUUUUCAUAAUAGCCACUUCCACAACUCCCUCCCCAGCACCCCAGUUCAAAUGUACCUUCUCAGUGGGUAGGCGGUACAUGGCUCCCCCCGCCACCCGGACUGCCACAGACCCGCCAGUGUGCGCGGUAUCUGGUACCAAAUGAGGGGCCACCAGGGUCAAGGUAGCUCCCGAGUCCCGUAGUCCCUGUACUUCUUUCCCCACCACAAACACAACUUGGCGAUGAUGCUGCCGGUUGUCGGUGGCUUGGACGGACAUCACUUCAUAUAAAACGCCCAGGGGUUCCUCGGUCUGAAGACUCAGCAACUCUUGGGUGUCAGGUUCCACCUGGUAGUGAUGUGCCGCUGCCCUUGGGGUGGUGUUCUGCCUCACUUGGUUCCACGCUUGUCUGCUCCAGUUCUGGGUGCACUCUCGGGACAUAUGCCCCCACUGCUGGCAGGUAUGGCACUGAAUAUUUGAUCUGCCAUUGUAGCGAGAGGAGGGUGGCGGGUUCCCUUGUGCUGGCCUAAACGGAGUGGAGUUAACUGGUGCGGAGGGGAUCGCCAAUCUAGCGGCUUCCGGUAGGGUGAGAGGUUUGCGGUCCCUCACCCAUUCUUGCGCUUCUGGGGAUAGUCCAUUAACAAAUUGUUCUAAUAGCAUAAGUUGGCGCAGUUCCUCCAUGGUGGUGACUUGGCUUGCCUGAAUCCACCCCUGCGAGGCUUGGUCCAACUUGUGCGCCCAUUCUGCGUGGGAAUCCUUCUCGGGUUUGCGUAAUCCACGAAAUUUGCAUCGAUACGCUUCGGGCGUGAUGGCAUACCUCUCCAGUAUAGCCCUUUUUACUUUAAAAUAGUCUUUACUGUCCUCCCUGGGGACAGCGCGAUAAGCCUCUGCUGCCCGCCCUGCCUACUUUCCCGCUAGCAGGGGCACCCAUACUGCCUGCUCUAGGUCGUGCAGGUCACACAGCCGCUCAAAGUCCUGUAAGUAUCCAUCAAUUUCGUCCUUCUCCUCACAGAACGCUUUGAAUGCAUGAUACGGUAUUUUCGGUUUUACCUGACCGCAGAUGGAGGCAGUAAUGGAUUCUGCCCUGGAUGGCGCUCCUUGGUGGUGUUGUGCCAUCAUAUAUUCCUGCACGUCAGCCAUCAGGACCGUCAGGAUAUCCAGGGGUACUGGCUGGGGUAAAAAUUCCAGACGGGUUCUCGCUCCCUUUGGUAUGGGGUUUCUUCCCUGGCAGGUGGGGGUGUGCUGUUGUGAGCUCGGUCGCCCUCCAUCAGUUCAGCGAUCAGCACGGCUUUAGAUUUAUUGCUGGUGCUCUUUCCUCUCGCUUCCAGCAGUUCCUUAAGCGUCUGCCUUUUCAACAUAGUGUAAUCAGUCUCCAUUCACUGAACUCUUUCGUCUGUUUGCUGCAUACGAAUUGCCAUUCCCUUUUUCCGUUCAGUUGUUUCUUUCAUUCAAAUGCGCUGUUUCGGCUGUAGAGUUGGAUCCCGUCGCUUGCCACCAAUUGUAGCGGAACGCCAAUAUUAAAUCCACGAAUUCCGCUGGUUCAGGAAGUAAUCCACAGUCAAGCGCUGGAAAAAGCAAGGCAAUAUCCCAAAUCUCCCAGUAACCGGACGAAACACAGUUCUGAGAGUCAACUGAGGUCUUUAUUUUCAGCUCCACAAUUUAUACAAUUCCCCAUGCAAGGGGUUUCCUGAGUCACAUCCCAGGGGCAUUACCAGAGUGGACUACGUGGGGAACUUACAUUACAGAGCCUUUCCCCCAUCAGGCACUGCUGCACGAGAGGGAUCCUCCCACUGGAAUGUACCGUUAAGUGGAUUAUCCCUCCGUGCAGCAGAACCGGCAAUUUACAAUAUACAGUUUUUCGACUAUUUGGUCUAUUUGCACAUAUGGAUUCUGAUGUCAGCCAAGAAGGCGGAUCGGGGGCAGGGUCAGUGCCGGCAGCCACACGUGGCGCUGGAAAAACUUUUUUUUUAAGGGGAGCAAGAGGGGGGCAUGGAUCCUAUAUGUGUUUUCAACACUAUAGGGUCAAGCAUACAUGUUUGUAUUCCUGACCUUAUAGUGUUUCUUUAAGCUAAAGUUGGUUUGGUGACUAUUGGGUCCCUUUAAAGAUAUCAAUACAAAAAAAAAUAAAAAAAUAACACUUUUAAGGCCUGUUUGUGUUUUACAGUGACAAACAAUACUUGCACAUUUUCAUUUUGUUUUACUUUAUCUCCUUAACGUUCUCACAAUUACUAAUGUGCAAAAAAUGUCUUCUGUGUUUUCUAGAUCAAUGGAGGAUUGCAUUAUACUUGUAUGUUGUGGGCUUUACAAUCUUUUACGCGGUGUUCUCCUUACCAUGCCAGAUCUUAUGCUCGGAGAUGUCAUGGACAAUGUUGUUCACCCUGAUAUCUUGAUAGUUUUGGUUAACCAUCCAUCCCCUCUGAUACAGCAAGGUGUGAUCAAAGUAAGAGUUUAUCAUUAUUAUUUAAACUAAACCUAGGUUAAUUUGUUGAUAUUUUACCAAUGUGAUUAUUAUUCUAACUCUAAGCAUUUAUAUUUUAUUUCCAAACCUAUUUAUAUAAUGUUGCCUGCAAAUGGGAAAUAAAGCUGCAAUAUUGCUAAUGAGUGUCACAACUUUUGUUUUUAUUCUUAACAAUAUGCAAACCCAUGCAAGCAAGAGACAGCAAAUUGUUAGAAUUAGAGUAUGUGUUUGUGCGGUCUGUUCUCAUAAACAAGUUGCCUACCUUCACAGUUUGUCUACACUUCUGGUUUCUAGACUACAUCCAACAUUAUCAUUUAUAUAGUGCCAACAUAUUCCUCAAGUACACACAGAAGGUCCUGCUCAGAGAGCUUACAAUCUAUAAGUAUUGGGUAAAGACACAUCAGAUAAACAGCAUGUCAGAGGGCAUGGGGAUUGAUGAGUAAUAUUACCUGUGUCAAAAUAAGCUAGUCAAAAUGGUGUGUGGAAGAACUGAACAGUGGCAAGAGAUAGUGAGCUGGGCUAAAGUGAUGGGGGAACUGAUAAGGGCAGUAAAAUGAGAGAAGUGUCAUCCAGGAAGAUGGUAAGCUUUCAUGAAGAGUUGUUUUUUCAUUGACUUCUUAAAGGACUGGAGACCAAGAGAGUGUCUGAUGGCAUGGGGUAGUGAAUUCCAAAAUAAUGGGACAACUGAAAAAACAUCUUGCAGAUGAGAGCUUGCAAUGUGGAAACGAGCAGAUGUCCCGAGAAAAUCAUUUGCAAAGCAAAGGGAAUGAAAAGGAGCAUGUUUGUUGAUUAAAGAGGAAGUAUAAUGAGGAGUGAAGUUAGUGAGGGCUUUGUAGGUUAGAGUUAGCUGUUUGAAUUGGAUCCUGGUUAUAGCCAAUGUAAUAGUUGGCAAAGUGGUUAGAUGUUUGAAUAGUGGCCAUUCAGAAAGGUGAGCCUGGUUGCAGCAUUCAUUACAGACUGAAGAGGAGCUAUGUUGAUAUUUGGAAGGACGAUGAGUAGUGAGUGUGGUGUAUCACCAAAUUAAUAUAUAUAUAUAUAUAUAUAUAUAUUACACAAGGUUCGUCUACAUUAAAAGGUAUUUAUUAAAUGGCAACAACACAGUACUAUAAAUGUAUCACAAACACACAGCCCAGACCCACGGAGCAACAACCCUUUUUAAAUCUAUCUAUAUAGUAAUCCCCCUCCCCACACGCUUGAUCUCACCCACGGUUAGGCCUUCACAUCUAGUAAUGGCUCACUGCUGCAAGUUCAACAUCACAUCCACCAAGGAAGAAAAGGAAGCAACAGAGUGUAACAUGGUUCACCGUGCUAGCACAUGGCGUCUGCACAUAAGCUCUGCAGCACAGCCAAGAAGGAACAGAGAGGAAUGGAGAAAGGGGGAAGUGGUUAUCUCUCUCCUGACUUGUAAAGGUAUUGUAUUACACAAUUACCAUUUCAAAGGGUAAAGCUUAUCCCACUGUAGCUUGGUCACAUGACCCCUGGUCACCAUAUUAGUUUGAUGACAGAAUGUCACCACAUUCCCUCACUUUUUCUUCUCUUAUGUUGAGCACAUUUAAAAAUAAUAUAUCCCUCUUAUCUAUCUAAACUAUGAGAUCUGAAGUAGGAAAGGAGAGCACAGGAAUUAUAGUGAGUGAAAUAAGCAAGGUGAAAGAAAAGUCAAAUAGGGGUUGCAUCACCCCACAGUGAGUUGCAGCAGGGAAGUCGGGAAAUGAUUGACCUGGCACACAAGCCUCAGCCAGCAGCUCUAAAGGAAGUCACCCUCCUGCAGAAAAAAGAUAAGCAGACAGGAGGGUGACUGCAAAUAUAAACAUAUGUGUCAGUGUGUACCUGUGUCAAUGUGUAUAUCUGCCAGUUUGUGUAUCUGUGUCUCAGCAGUGUCUGAUUCACUGUGUGUGUGUAUCUGUGUGUCAAUGUGUUUAUAUGUAUGUGUCCGUGUGUGUUAGUGUUUGUGUAUAUGUGUGCCAAGGUGUGUGUAUCUGCCAGUAUGUAUCCAUAUGUCAGACUGUAAGCUCGUUUGAGCAGGAUCCUCAACUACCUAUUCUUUCUGUUGCACAUUUAUUGUAAAGUGCUGCGGAAUGGGCAGUUACUAUAUAAAUAAUAAUAAUAAUAAUAAUAAUAACAAUGGGCCCGUGUGUCAGUGUUUUUAUAUGUGUGUAUGUGCCAGAAAUUAAAAGGGAGGAGGGGAGGAGAGGGGGGCUUAGGUGCUGGGUGUUGUCUGUGGUGUUAAGCAGCAGCAGAAGGAAAGAAGAUGGCUGGCUGACCCCCAGCAACAGCCUCCAGUGACAGGUAGGGUUGGUGUGUGUGUGUGUGUGUGUGUGUGUGGACUCAGCAGUCUGUCUGUGUCUGUGUGUGUAUGGACUCAGCAGUCUGUGUGUUUGUGUGUGUUUGGACUCAGCAGUCUGUGUAUGUGUGGACUCAACAAUCUGUGUGUGUGUGUGUGUGUGUGUGUGUGUGUGUUUGGACUCAGCAGUCUGUGUGUGUGUGUGUGUGUGUGUGUAUGGACUCAGCAUUCUGUGUGUGUGUGUGCGUGUAAGGACUCAGCAGUCUGGUGUGUGUGUUUGCGCUUGUGCUGGCCUGCCAGUCUGUGUGUGUGUGUGUGUGUAUGUGUGUGUGUAUUGACCCAGGAGUAUAUGUGUGUGUAUGAUUCAAUUGCGUGUGUGUGUGUGUGUGUGUGUGUGUGUGUAUGGAUUCAGCAGUCUCUGUGUGUGUGUGGACUCAGCAGUCUCUGUGUGUUUGUGUGUGUUGACUCAACAGUCUCUGUGUGUGUGUUUGGACUGAUCAGUCUCUGUGUGUGUAUGGACUCAGCAGUGUGUGUGUAUGGACUCAACAGUCUGUGUGUGUGUGUGUGUGUGUGUGUGUGGAUUCAGCAGUCUGUGUGUGUGUGUAUGGACUCAGCAGUCUGUGUGUGUUUGGAUUCAGCAGUCUGGGUGCGUGUGUGUGUGCGUGUGUGUGUAUGGACUCAGCAGUCUGUGUGUGUGUGUGUGUGUGUGUGUGUGUGUGUGUUUGGACUCAGCAGUCUGUGUGUGUGUGUGUGUAUGGAUUCAGCAGUCUGUGUGUGUGUGUGUAUGGAUUCAGCAGUCUGCGUGUGUGUGUUUAUGGGAUUCAGCAAUCUGGUCUGUGUGCGUGUGUAUGGAUCUGUGCAAUUUGGUGCAUGUGUGGACUCAGCAGUCUGUGUGUGUAUGGAUUCAGCAGUCUGUGUGCGUGUGUGUGUGUGUGUGUGUGUUCUGGACUCUGCAAUCUGUGUUUAUGGACCUGUGCAGUCACUGUGUGUGUGUGUGUGUGUGUGUGUGUGUGCGUGGACCCGCAGUCUGUCUGUAUAUGUGUGUGUGGACUCAGCAGUCCGUGUAUGUACCGUGCAGUGUCUGUGUGUGUGUGUGUGUGUGUUUGGACUCAGCAGUCUGUGUUUAUAUGGACUCAGCAGUCACUGUGUGUGUGUUUGGACUCAGCAGUAUCUGUGUGUGUGUGUGUGUGUAUGUACUCAGCAGUCUGUCUGUCUGUGUGUGUGUGUGGACUCAGCAGUCUGUGUGUAUGGACUCAGCAGUCUGUGUUUGUCUCUGUGUAUGGACUCAGUAGUCUGUGUGUGUUUGUGUGUGUGUGUGUGUAUGGAUUCAGCAGUCUCUGUAUGUGUGUGUAUGGACUCAGCGGUCUGUGUGUGUGUGUGUGUAUAUGGACUCAGCAGUCUGUGUGUGUGUGUGUGUGUGUGUGUGUGUGUGCAUGUUUGGACUCAGCAGUCUAUGUGUGUGUGUGUGUGUAUGGAUUCAGCAGUCUGUGUGUGUGUGUGUAUUCAGCAGUCUGUGUGUGUAUGGAUUCAACAAUCUGUCUGUGUGUGUGUGUGUAUGGAUUCAGCAAUUUGUGUGCAUGUGUGGAUUCAGCAGUCUCUGUAUGUGUGUGUGUAUGGACUCAUCAGUCUGUGUGUGUGUGCGUGUGUGUAUGGUCAGCAGUCUGUGUGUGUAUGGACUCAGCCGUCUGUGUGUGUGUGUGUGUGUGUGUGUGGACUGUAUCAAGGAAAAUGUGUUUUGUUUUUUUAAUAAUCCUUGGUGGAAAACAACAAAUUCUCCACCAGGGAUUAUUAAAAAUAAAUAAAUAAAUAUUUGUGUCUGGGGCGGGCUUAACAUGCGGCAGGGGCGGAGUUGAACUGUGGCGAGGGCAGGGUUAAAUGUCCUUUUGUCCCUGGCCCACCAUGUGCCCCCCCUAAAAAUGAAUCCUAGAGACGCCACUGCCCCUGAAUUGACACUUCCACCAUUUUCACUCAAAUUUGCAAAUUCAGAAACUAGUACUGUAAACAGUUUCAAAUUGCAAAUACUAUGUUAUUUUAUUUUAUUUUUAUUUUUUUUUGCUUUAUUUCAGAAUAUGUUUAAGGAAAGCUAAUAUACAAAAAUGUAUUAAAGUAACGUGUUCUAUUUGUCUUCUUAGUUGCUAGAUGCAUAUUUCCACCGGGCCUCCAAAGAGCAGAAAGAGAAGUUCCUGAGAAAACAUGGCUUUUCCUUAUUGGCAAACCAAUUGUAUCUUCACCAAGGGACUCAAGGAGUUAUUGAGUGCAUUUUAGAAAUGUUUUUUGGACGGCAUUUUGGACUUGAUGAAGAGUAAGUAUGAUCUCAUAAACUAUGAGAUGAAAUUUAAAAGAACCACUACAUUUUAAACUUAAUUAUUGAUUAUUUUAGGGGUACAUUGCCAAUUUGUCUCUCUGUUUCCUCUCUGCAAUUAUGUUAGUGCAAGCCAGAGAGGUUGUACACAUAUAUUGACUGUUGUGUUUUUUUUUUUUUUUUUUUUUUAAGGUCCUAAAUUAAUGGAAUUUGUGUGGCUUAUAAAACUGAUAUUUUCUUCAUGCACAUAAUUUUAUUUAUGAGGUGGGGUGUCAUUUUCUUUUUCUUUAAUAAACAAAAGGCAUCUUAUUAAACCACAGUGGCACAUGAUGGGGAUUGCAAUAUUGGAUUUGUCAGUAAUAAAACAAGACAAACAUAGUCUUUAUUACACGUGGAUAAGGUGUGCUUAUUAAUCCUCCCAUACAUACAGAUACAAAUGGUAUGUUUCACUUUUAGCAAGGUGGACUAAAAAGCCUAUUUGAUGAGCUCUCCAAGGAGGAAAACAAUAAUAAUAAUAAUAUAUAAUAUUAUGUCUGAUGAAUAGCAUGCAUAUCAAAUCAAAUAUACUGUUAAAUAAAUAAGCCAUGUACUGUGUAAUCAACCCAUAAAUAAUACAGGCUGCACAAAGGAGUAGCAAUGAUACAGAUGGAUAAAAAAAAAUAAAAAAAAAAUAAAAAAUUAAAAAACAGAAAGGGGGGUGUUCACUAAACCUCUCGUUGUACCUAGGUUAAACACAAUAUCCCAGAGACAAAAUUGCAUGCCUAUCUCUCAGCACACCUAAGAUCUGUGUGCAAAGGAAAAGGUAAUAAACCUCUCUUGACAAAGACAAUAAACUUAAGAAAAAUAAUAAUAAACACAGGAAUAUAUAGCAGAAUGAGGUUUAUAGAUAAGACCUAUAUCCAAUCCCCGACACACUGUCACCUGCCUAUACCUCCGUUUAUGGGGGUCAAUAUGAUGCCUUCUAACUAUAGGGAGGUUGAAAUUCUACCAUAUGCUGUAAACAUCUACGUUCUGGGUGCAGACAUAUCUUCUAAACGUUGAGAAUAUUUCUAGGCAAGUCCUGUGAGAAGCAAAAUUUGCCUGUCAGAGUGUUCUGAUUGGGUUGGCUUACAUGUGCUGACUGACAUUUCAAAGUGUGCAAAUUUCCGCUUUGAAGUGUCAGUUUAGUUGGCAUAGAGCCCUAAGAUGGUCAUUAAUUAUUAUUUUAUUUAUUUAUUUAUUUUAUUAUUAUUAUUAUUAUUAUUAGUGAUGUCAUAUUUGAUGGAUUUAUUUUUUGGGGGGCCUUCUCACUUUUAUUUGGGUAAGAGGGUUAGUUAGGGUUUAUGUAUCAGUGGUGCUUGGAGCCUGCCCUUCCAUAUGUUGCUGAACUACAACUCCCAUGACUCUAUGGUGAUCUUUUUAAUUCAAAAUAUAAUUCAAAUGGAGUUCAGCAACAUCUGGAAGGCCACAGUUUGGAGAACUCUGAUCUAAAGGGUAGACCGUUUUUAGAUUAAUAUUUUUGAAUGAAGCCUUGGGGACAGUGGGCCCGGCCGCCCUGCAACCGGGUACCCACCACCAUCUUUUGCGGCCCUGUCCCGCAUGGCGUACCGCAGGGGCCGCCGUCCAAGGGGGUCCAUCGGGUGGCCUAUGCUGUUAGAGCCCCCAAUGGUGAUGGGUUGUCAGGGGGCCCGGUCAGUGCUGUGGCGCCUUAACAGCGCGACCGGGCACCCUGGGAUGAGCUAACACACGGUAGGAAGCAGAGGGAAUCAGAGUGGGAACUCUGACCCCCAUCAACCUGAGCCACCACUGAAUCCCAGGUAAAGUCACCCCCCUGCACCUAAAAUGUAGGAAACAGGAGGGUGACUUAAGCAUUGUGUGGCUGUAUGUAUGUGUCUGUGUGUAUGUGUGUGUCUUUGUAUGUCUGUUUCCGUAUGUAUGUGUAUGCAUGUGUGCUUCUAUGUAUGUGUGUGCCUGUUUGUGUGUGUGUGUGUGUGUGUGUGUGUGUGUGUGUAUAUGUAUGUGUGUCUGUCUAUCUGUAUGCAUCUGUGCCUGUCUGUUUGUAUGUGUGUGUGUGUGUGUGUGUGUGCCAGUCUGUGUGUAUGUGUCUUGUGUGUGCCUGUCUGCAUGUAUGUAUGUAUGUGUCUUGUGUGUGUGUGUGUGUGUGUAUGCGUGUGUAUGUAUGUAUGUAUAUAUGUAUGCGUGUGUGUGUGUGUGUGUCUGUCAGGGUAAGGGAGUGGGUGAAGAGGGAGCGGCAAGUCGGGGGCGCAGAUCAGUUUCACACCGGGGCCCCAUGAAUUGUGUGUAUGCCACUGAUUUAGGGAAGGGGCUCAUUCAGAGUCAAGAUUGCCAAAUCCAGAUAGUUUUUAAAUGUUAUCAACAAUAUCCAGAUUUCACUGUCUAUAUUACCCUGUCCAUAACUGAAUGGUAUUGACCUAUUCAGUAAGGGGCCAUUUAGACUUUACUGAAUAACCCUGCAAGUUCCUCUACUAUUUUAAUAUGGCAUAGUGUAUCUGAAACUGCUAGCAGGAAACUCCAGACAGCUAUUUGAAUUAACAAUUCAGAGGUAAUAAUACUGUUUAAGACCGUUAAAUGUAUAAAUCACAUUAAAUAACACACACAUUUUAACAUAUACAAAUUAAAUAAGGGAGGGCGUGUCCUGGGCUCGGAGCAUGAUGACUACUUGAUCCCUCAGCUCCACACCACCCAGCUACAAAACAUGUAUCUCAACCCUAAUACCGAACACCCAUGGGGAGAAAUAAGAGAACAGACCCCCCACAGAUCCCAAAGAACAGACUGCCGGGGUCACAGACGGGCCCGUUGGACAACUUCAUUAGCAAGACAGCUGGCUCCUUGCACGGGGUUAUCACGCCCAAAAUGGCACCAAUAUCCCUGGCCUCCACAUGCUCCUGCAGGGAGCCUGUGACUCAGGAUGACAUCGGGGCGGACCUGAACCGCAUGGCCGCCUUGAUGGUCACCGAGGUUGACCAUCACGCUGCACUGAAAACCUGUUGCGGCUCCCGGCCCGCUGCAUGGCACAGCCAUGCCCGACCAGCACGACCUCGCCGAUACUGCGAACUCGCCGGCGAGCCGGGAACCGCUCCUCCGCAUCUUCUGGGCGUUGCGCCCAAAUCAAAGAUGGCGCUGACCACGUGGUCGCGCACACCACAAGCUCCGCCCCUCAAAUUUAUACUGACAUGCACGUGACUUCACGACGUCCACGCACACACACGUUGUGGAGUCAGAGGUCACCCUCUGACCAAUCAGAGCCCAGAGAGGGAUAUUUAAAUCCCUAAUUAACUCCAGUUCCUUGCCCUGUCGUGGUUUCCUGUUCCUGGUUCCCAAGAGUGCGUUUAUCUUUGUGAAUAUUACUUCCUGGUAUCCUGAUCUUGGCUUUUCCCUGGUUAUUCCAAAUUCUGGUUCCCCUGACUUGUUUCAACGGUAUCUGCAUAUUUCUAGCUUCCUUGACCUCAGCUUUCCCUUUGACCAUUCUCUAUCUCUAGCGUAUUAGUCCGGCCAUUCUAAGGUCCAGUUUAUGCUCUGUCCUUUUAUUUCCUUUCCUUUUUUAUGUAUAUGUUUACAUAGUUUCUGCGUGUUGGGCCACACUAGCAGCCAUGACAUUACGGCAGAGCCAUGGAUCCUGAGGAACUAUGCAAACAUAUGAUUGCCUGUGAGAGUAGGGUGGAGGAUAUGGACCACAGGUUAGAUCAAUUUGCCCAAACAUUCCAGACCUUGCUCCAGAGAUCUGCCUAUCUGGAGGCACCUCUGGUACCGCCUGUGGCUCUGCCACCUGUAAUAGCACCUGUGGCACACAAACCACCGUCCAUAAGCCUUUCACCUCCCCCUCGUUUUGGAGGUGAUUCUAAGGAAUUUAGAGGUUUUCUAAACCAAAUUGAAUAUGCACUUCGAAGCUUCCCCUGGUUCAUUCCCUACAGAUAGAUCAAAAAUUGGCUAUCUAAUGAACCGAUUACCGGGUACAGCUUUAACCUGGGCUAAUCCCUUAUGGGAGAGUGGAAAUCCAGUUGCCUGUGAUUACAGUGUAUUCCUAACAGCUUUCAAAACUACUUUUGAGCCAAAAGGGAGAGAAAAGAACUCUGUCAGAGCCCUAAUGAGAAUAAAACAAGGCAACCGCUCUGUAGCUGAUUACGCCAUAGAGUUCAGGACAUUGGCAUCUGAGGUUGACUGGACCAAUAGCGGUUUGGUGGCUGCUUUUUCCGAAGGUUUAGUGGAAAAUAUACAAGACGUGACAGCAACCAGAUAUCUUCCAGUUAACAUUAAUGACUUUAUUGCAUACAUGAUAGACAUUGAUAACAGGCUCAGAGAGAGAGAGAGAGUAGAGAAAACAAACAGCAUACUAGACAAUCUAACUUAUCCAUAGCCCCUCGUUUCUCUAACCCAUUGGCAAUUAGCCAUGCUCCACCUCCAGAACCUGAACCCAUGCAACUAGGCAUUGCUAAACUCACCGAGGCAGAGAGACAACACAGACACAACAAGGAGUUGUGUUUGUAUUGUGGCAAAAGGGGACAUCAAAAGUUUCCAUGUCCGGUUCGGCCGGAAAACUUGCACACCUAAGGCACGUUCGGGGACCGACCUUAGGUGUGAUGUAUAUGUCCCCUAAAUUGAAUAAGAACCAUUUCCUUAUAAAAAUGACUUUGUCUUGUAAGAAAACCACUGUACAGUGUGAGGCUAUGAUUGACUCUGGGGCAGCAGUUAAUUUUCUAGGCAAGGGAUUCUCUGCCAAACAUCUCCUGCCCUUAAGGCAGAAAGAUAGACCCAUAGCAGUAGAGGCUAUAGACCCAUUCAAAACCCUGCAAAUCACUGUGUCAGUGGGUAUCUUACAUUCUAAAGAAAUGGUGUUCCAAAUUAUAUCUUCACCUACAUGUCCGAUAAUACUGGGUUUCCCUUGGCUCCAAAAACACAAUCCACGUUUAGAAUGGGUGGAAGGAGAAAUUGUGAGUUGGGGUGAGAGAUGCAGAGGUAUUUGUUUAAAGCAGGUGCAACAAAUCGGUACCCUCAAUAUACCUAUAGCGCCUCCCUUGACCACAGAAAUUCCACUGCAGUAUUUGGACUUAAAGGAGGUAUUCAACAAGGUACAGUCGGAGGUAUUGCCACCACAUAGACCCUGCGACUGUGCCAUAAAUUUGUUACCAGGCACUAUGCCCCCUAAAGGAGGAGUAUAUGCACUAUCUCCCCAAGCAAAUCUUUGUUUAGAAGAGUACAUAAAGGAUCACAAACAUAGAUCAUCUUCACCUGCUGGGGCUGGGUUCUUCUUCGUCUCUAAAAAAAGAGACCUACGCCCUUGUAUAGACUAUAGGGGUUUGAAUAGAAUAACGAUAAACAACGACUAUCCCAUUCCCCUUAUUUCUGAGUUAUUCAUUAGGUUGAAAGGGGCCAGAUUCUUCACUAAGCUCGACCUCAGAAGUGCUUACAACCUAGUCAAAAUUAAGGAAGGGCACGAGUGGAUGACCGCAUUUAAUAUGUGAAUGGGACAUUACAAAUACCUAGUAAUGCCGUUUUGGCUGUGCAACGCCCCAGCAGUGUUUCAGGAUUUCAUUAACAAUGUCCUUAGAGAAUAUCUCCACAUGUUCAUUUUAGUGUAUCUAGACGACAUUCUCAUCUAUUCCCCGGAUAUAGAGACUCAUCACGAAAAUGUGAGAACAAUACUAAAAACCCUGUUAAAGAACGACCUCAUACCCUGUUAAAGAACGACCUUCACUAUCAUACCUCCAGAAUGCCUUAAUGCCACUACAAUUUCCGAAGUGUCUUCUCCACUCUUCUCCACUCUUCUGUGCCAUAAUAGCAGAUCAAACUCAGACACCUGUGGAGAGACCUCUGGAUAAACUUUAUGUUUCACCACCUUUAAGGGAAAAAAUACUUGGGUUAUUCCAUGAUAAUUUGACAGCAGGUCAUCCUGGAGUCCAUAAAACUCUCUCUGCUAUCUCCAGGAGGUUCUGGUGGCCUACACUUAAGAACAACAUCAAAGAUUAUGUAGGGGCAUGUCAAAUAUGUGCCGUUUCUAAAGCCUCUCACAAAUCUCCUCCUGGGCUGCUACAACCACUGCCGAUACCGAAUACUCCAUGGACACAUUUAGCCAUGGAUUUCAUGGUGGAUCUGCCCAGUCAGAGGAGUGAGAACCUGCACCACAAGUCGUACAGACUGAUCCCCAUGCGGAUGUUGCUGCCUGCUGAUGUCCGACACACCACUGCUUCGAUCUCCAAACCUGGUUAGGUAUCUUGCUGCAAUGCAUGGAGUUCCCAAGACACCUCAGUUUGCUGCAUAUGCCUUCAAUAAGCAGAUACUGGGGAAUCUUGAUAGGCUGAGAGCCUAUGUCUCCCUCUGACAUGGGGACUCCACUUGGCACAGUAUUGGGGGUAGGGGGGUAAUGAGGGCAUGCUUGGACUCACACCUGCAUAUACCAUGAGGGACAAUCGACAACUCAUUGACUCAAGCAUGGGUACACCAUAAAUUAAAAAAAAAAAAAAAAUAACAUACUGACACAAAAAAAAAAAAAAAAAUAGGGGGAGGAGGUUGGUACAGAGAUGGUGGAAAGCACCUGGUGGGUGGGCGACCCCUGGUGGGGCCAGACAUAUCAUGCUCCAGGACAGAAUCACAUGUGCCCCUAGAGCUUAAGAGAACACUCAUCAUCACUCUUGCACGGCUCUCUCUGGCUCUUGGCCCAAACGGCGAGAGCUGCAACCGCACAACAUGGUCUCCUGGGAAGCAACAAUGUCCUACUGCCCUAGCCCACUGAGGAUCCUCACCAAAAACUGCAGGGGAUUGAACAUCCCGGAACGCAGGACGCAUCUGCUAUGGGGACUAAGACAAAAAACAAUCUCAAUUGCAUUCCUCCAGGAGAUACACUUUCUUGAGGGCUCGGCCCCUGCCCUAAAAGACAGAACAUACUCUCACAACUUUUUCAGCUACCACCCUACCUCAAAAAAGUUAUACUUCACAGAAAUAGACAUUAUAGCUGGCCGGGAGGCUAGAUAUAUCUUCAUAAAAGGCGCCAUCGCAAACCAGACAUAUGCACUUGCAUGUAUUUUCGUCCCCAACCGGAAUCAGUCACACUAAAUCCGCAGAGUCCUGAACAACCUUUCUGAGUUUACGGAAGGCACACUCAUUCUGGGUGGUGACUUUAAUGUCACACUGGAUCCCAAACUUGACUCCUCCUCAGGACAUAAUAGUAUCCCACAGAGGAUUAUCCAGGGUAUACAGAAGGCCCUCAGAAACUUACACCUUGUAGACUGCUGGAGAACGCUGCAUCCCACGGUAAAGGACCAUCGAGGCUACCAACUGGUCUGACCACGAUAAUGGAGAUGGACUUUCGCGACCCAAAACACUGAGCUGGAGACUUAAUGAAUCCUUUGCUGGCGGACAUGGAGAUCAGGGACCAAAUUGCCCAGGCACUGGUGUCCUACUUUUCAGACAAUGUUCCAGGUGAGACCUCCAUCACCACCAUCUGGGAGGCCCAUAAAAACGUCCUGAAAGUCCUCAUCAUUCAUCUUGCAAAAAAAAAAAAAAAAAAAGAAGCACUAUGGCAGAUGGAAGACUUGCUUGCCAAAAUCACGGACAUCGAGGCGAGACACAAAAGAAACCUACUAGGAGAUGACUACAUAGAACUGACGGAACACAGGUGACAACUGCAGGCUCUGUCAAGAAAUACUGCAGACACGUACAGAGAUCCAGGUUUUUUUACUACACACACGCGGACAAGGGGGGUAAACUCCUGACGCAAAUGCUCAGAGGACAACAGAUCCGUGCAUAGGUACAUAGGUUGAAACUCAAGGGGGUCAAGACUACACAGCACCCGGAACUUGUGACAGAAUUCCGCACUUUUUACUCAAACUUAAACAACUUAAGACAUCAAAACUAUGGCGAUCCCGCACUCACUAAGACAGAGGCAAUUCAACAGUUCCUCUCAAACUUCAUCUCCAAAACUGUGACCCGUGACGAGGCGGACCUCAUGGACACACCAAUCUCGGAAGAAGUAAUGAGGGUCGCGUUUAAGGCGACAAAAAUCGGUAGGAUGCCGGGACUAGAUGGGUUCUCUUUGGAAUACUACAAGGGAUUCAGAGACACGCUCAUCCCUGAACUCACCAGAGCACUAAACACACUCACGUCUGGAAGUAGGUUCCACGACGAAACCCAGGCAGCAACAAUAACUAUCCUACAGGAGCUUUGCAGCAGCUACAUGCCGAUUUCCCUCUUAAAUGUGAAUAUUAAACUUUUCACCAAGGUCCUAGCAAGCCAGCUGAACACAUUCCUCCCGAGGCUGCGCCACCUGGAUCAAACAAGAUUUAUCUCUGGCAGGGUGGCCCGGGACAGCACACUCCGAGUGCUCACUGAUGUCUUCCCAGUCUGGAACGGGACCAGGCAGGGAUGCCCCGUUACUAUUUUCCCUGACAGUGGAACCCCUUCUCAAAGCAAUACGAUGUAACAGGGACAUCAGGGGACUGACAGGACAAUAGGGAAGUGUGUGUGUGUGUGUGUGUUUGUGUGUGUGUGUUUGUGUGUUGGGGGGUUCUGCUAAGUGCAUAAUGUCAAUGGUAAUAUCACUCAAUUCUAUAAUAUAACAAAUCGAUGGGAAAAAAAAAAGAUAUAAAAAAGAUAUAAAAAAAAAAAAAAAAGAUUAUCCAGGAAUAUACACGCAACUGUAUUUUUAAUAUCUUGCCAUAUGCACUGACUCCUUUACUUUUUUGCAUUAUGUACUGUAUUAAGCAUUGUUUCAAUAAAAGAAAGAUUAAAAAUAAAAUAAAAAAAUGGAACAUAAAACCUGAUAUGCAAAAGUAGCUUAUAUUUAAUACAUUAUGUGGGCACAUGAAGGAUUAAUAGUAAGUGCAAUUUGUCUGACCGUCACUUUGGAAAGAAAACCAGCUUGAACAAAAUAAAAUUAAAUUAAAAAAAAAAAAAAAAAAAGCUGUUAUACUGUAUCUUAUAAAUUGGGAAAAUCAUCAAACAUUGGCAAAAUCAAAAUAUACAUAAUGCAAGAAUAUAUGUUCUAUAAAUCUCUGGAAAUAUCUCUAUGCUACUGCUCUCAUAAUAUGUAGAUAUAUAAUUUGUUUUAUUCUUCAAACAGGUUUGAAGUUGAUGAUAUUAAAAAUACCAGCGUUUUUCGUAAAUGGUGCAUCAUACCUCUGCUUGGACUGAUUGAGAAUUCCUUAUAUGAUGUCACAUUACUGCACAAUUCCUUCUGCCUUUUGCUUCAGAUUCUCAACUCCUGCUCAAAAGUAGCAGAUAUGCUGCUUGAUAAUGGUUUACUGUAUGCAUUUUGCAACACAUUAGCAGCAUUAGGUGGCAUAGAAACAAGGUAGGUUUUGUUUGACUUUUUAAAUUGUUUUUAUUAAAACUUGUUUUAUUUUCUACUUCAACAUAUUUAAGUAUUGGCUAGCAAAGACAAUUUCCUGGGAAGCCUGGGAGCCAAUUGCCAUGCAGGGGCCAUUUUCCUAAAGGUUGACUGUGAACCUAUUCACACUAAGGGUCCACUUUACUUGGGUAAUUGGGAGCAUAUUGGCGAGCAAGGGCCUGCUUCCUUAAAGGUUCUGAAGUUGGCAAGGGCCACUUAUGCACAUAUUGGUGAACAGGGGUAACUUCCUUUAAAGCCUUGGUGUCUAUUGGCAAUCAGCGGUUGCAAUCCUUGAGCACUUGGGACAUUUAUUUGCAAGCUAUGACAACCUAGGCCUUUUUCUAUGGUUCCUGGUCACUUAUUUGCAAGUAAAGGGACACUUUCUGAGGAUGACUGGGUGUUUACUGCUGUGCAGUGGCCACUUUCCCAGGUUGCCUGAGUUGCUCUUGGUAAGAAGAGGCCAUUAAAGGCAAAUGGCUUUGAAAAAAAAAACUUGUAGGAAGUAUGCAAAAUGUUUUGCCUAAAUGACAGCUAGACAAAAGGAUUUUGCCUAGGCAAAUUUUGUUUUAAAUCCAAAAUAACUACUAGGUAAAAUAUGUUUUGCUUUUUGCCUGAAAUUACUAUUUGUCUGAUAUAUAUAUAUAUAUAUAUAUAUAUAUAUAUAUAUAUAUAUAUAUAUAUAUAUAUAUAUAUAUAUAUAUAUAUAUCAAAUUGAAAUUAUAGUCCUAGUUUAAAAUGGCCACUAGUGAAUGAUAGAAAUUAAUUUAAAGAUAAAUUUUACAUCUUAAUAAAAAAGUUACACACACACACACACACACACAUAUUUACAUAUACAUACAUACAUACACACACACACACACACACACACAGGCAUCUUACUAUAAAAAAAAAAGGCUAUGGAGAUGAAGGCCGCUGAUGACUCAUAUUAGAAUUAGUUAUAGGUGUUCCAUGUUUCUUAAAUCUAGCCUCAAGGCUUCUAGAUGUUUGUCUGACAUACUGUAAGACAUAGGGACAAGAAGUAGAAUUUUAUGGCAAGACAGGAGGCUUCAUAUUUGCUUAUCUUUCUUUACUGAAACUCCCAGCAGCAAAGAAAUAGUUAACAAAGUUGUAAAAAAUUCAACCAAUCAUAACACAUCAUAGAACAAUAUAGUGCCCCCAGAUUCCUCCCACUUCCUCUUUCUUUGCUGCUUGCUUCCCAGGUGAGUCUAUUCUACUUACGUUGCCUAGCCUCAUUACUUAAAUUUAAAAUUGUCUUAGAUUAUUUGAUGAUUUUAUCUGUUAAUCCUAUCCUGAGAUAGCUCAAUAACAGUUUACAGCUUUCCUCAGGGUAAUUUCCUUUUUAAAAACCUUUUGUUUUAUUUCACAUGUUCAAUGUUAUCUUUUCAAGUGUUUUAGCAUCCCUUUUUAAGUGGUUUACAUCCUCCUUUAUUUUAUUCAUUUUAAGUGGCUUACACCUUUAAUUAAGUGUAAGCAGAGUUUCGGCCGCAAACAGCAACAGCCCACCGGGCUUUCCCUUCCCUCCUUCCCUCCCGUCAGGAGAAUAACUAGUGUAACAGACCGUUGGUCUCCUGGUACAACCUUCGCGCCAUUUCUCUUCAUCUGUUUCCCGCCUAACGACCGCACCGCCCCCUUUUUACUUGCGGCGGCCAUUUUCUAAUCGCAACACUCACGUUUUUUACCAGCGGACCGGUUUUUCAUCUGUGGGCACUACUGCAUCCCUACCCGGAAGGUAAGUUAAUUAUUUAAUUACCCAUAUAUCAAGGAUUUACCAUUGAAGAUCAGGACACUGAUCAUUAUCUCUCCUUUAUCAUUGCAGAUUAUUUUGCUGACUAGCCAAGUCCUGCCUGCUAAACUAUUGGGUGACCCCCUUUGUGUUACAUUAAUACUUCACUGUAUAAUUUACUUUAAUAAAAUUGUUGUGUGGCUGACACCACCUUCUUUCUCCUUUGUGGGUGACCCCCACCAUAACUACUGCCCAUAAUACUCUGUAAAGUGGUUGACACCACCCUGCUUAUUUUGUGGGUGAACCCCACUUUAUUUUUCUACUUAACGCCACCAUAACUACUGCCUAUAAUAUUUAAAAAAUAAAAGUGUGGCAGAUACCACUUUGUUUAUUUGUGGGUGACCCCCACUUUAAUUCAACAGGGUCCUCUAUAGUGGGUUACCCUACCUCAUUGGGCUUACUUAUCUGAUAUAUAUAUAUAUAUAUAUAUAUAUAUAUAUAUAUAUAUAUAUAUAUAUAUAUAUAUAUAUAUAUAUAUUCGUUCUGUUGCUGUUCACCAUUUGUUAAAGGUCUAAUAAUUGUGGGUGACCCCCACUGAUUCUCAGUUUGUGUGGGUGACCCCCACCUCUCCAUUAUACUAGUUGAGUUGCCUCAUCUUUUUUUUCAUUUGUCAACACUGCCUUACAAUUUUACUACACUUACCUGUAGUUAUUAACCCCUUAAGGACUGGACUGUUUUUGCGAUGUUGUACAUUUGCGACCAGGCAUAUUUUUACACUUUUGUGGUGUUUGUGUUUGGCUGUAAUUUUCCGCUCUCUCAUUUACUGUUCCCAUACAAAUUAUAUAUUGUUUUUUUCAGGACAAAAGGGGCUUUCUUUACAUACCAUUAUUUAUAUAAUCUCAUGUAUUUUAAUUUAAAAUAAAAUAAAAUAAUAUGAUGGAAAAUUGAAAAAAAAUACAUGUUUUUUGACUUUUACUUGAAAAAUCUUUUACUCAUCUACAAAAGCGAAUUAAAAAAACUGCUAAAUAGAUUCAAAAUUUUGUCCUGAGUUUAAAAAUACCCCAUGUUUACGUGCUUUUUUGCUUUUUUUUUGCAUGUUAUAGGGCUAUAGGUACAAGUAGAAUAUUGCGGUUUCAAAACAUAAUUUUUUUUAAUUUAUCAAUAGUGACAUUGUAACACUAUUAUCUGUCAUAAAUCUCUGAAUAACACCCCACAUGUACCUAUUUUUUUUAAAGUAGACAACCCAGGGUAUUCAAUAUGGGGUAUGUCCAGUCUUUUUUAGUAGCCACUUAGUCGAAAACACUGGCCAAAGUAAGCAUUCAUAUUUGUUUGUGUGUGAAAAAAGUAAAAAAACUAAAUUGAACGCUAAUUUUGGCCAGUGUUUGUGACCAAGUGGUUACUAAAAAAGACUGGACAUACCCCAUUUGCAAUACCUUGGGUUGUCUUCUUUUGCAAAUGGUAUGCCAUCAUGGGGGUAAUUCUCAUUCCUGGGCUACCAUACGCUCUCAAAGGCAACGUAACCAACCUGGCCAUUUUCAAUGUAAAAAUAUUUGACCCAUAUAUUUGACCUUGUAACUUUCAAAAAUACUAUAAAACCUGUACAUGGGGGGUACUGUUUUACUCAGGAGACUUUGCUGAACACAAAUAUUAGUGUUUAAAAACUGGAAAACGUAUCACAACAAUUAUAUCAUCAGUAAAAGUGCUGUUUGUGUGUGAAAAAUGCAAAAAAAGUCACUUUCACUGACAAUAUCAUCGCUGUGAUAUGUUUUACUGUUUUGAAUCACUAAUAUUUGUGUUCAGCGAAGUCUCCCGAGUAAAACAGUACCCCCCAUGUACAGGUUUUAGGGUGUCGUAGAACGUUACAGGGUAAAAUACAGUGCUAGCAAAUUCAAUUCUCUGGAAUUUCGGCCUGGGUUGGCAGGCAGGUCCCUUAAAUUGCAAUCAAUAAAAUUACUGAAUUAUGUAAAACUAUUACAUAAAUACGCACAUAGAAUUUAAAUAUAUAUGCGUAUUUAUAUAUUUGAAGUCUACGUGUAUAUUUAUAUAAUUAUUUAUGUCAUUUUGUAUAUGGACAUAUGUAUAUUUCUUAUUAUUUUUAUUUAUUUUUAUAUACAUAGAUAUAUAUACAAAUUCAUUCUAAGUGUAUUUUGAUAUAAAUAUAUAUAUAUAUAAAUUUUAAAAUACAGUUAGAAUAAAAUUUCAUAUAGAUAUAUAUAUAUAUAUAUAUAUAUAUAUAUAUAUAUAUAUUUAUUUUUUAUUUAUUAUUUUAAAUUUUUUUUAUUUAAUUUAAAUUACUUAUUAUUUAUAUUUUAUAAUAAUAUAUAUAUAUAUAUAUAUAUAAUAUAUAUAGUUAUUAUAUAUAUAUUAUAUAUAUAUACGUGUAAUUUAAUUAUUGGUGUAUUAAUAUAAGUAUAUUAAUAUAAAAUACAUAGUAUGGCAUAUAUAUAUAUAUAUAUAUAUAUAUAUAUAUAUAUAUAUAUAUAUAUAUAUAUAUAUAUGAUAUAUGUCUAUAUAUCAUAUAUACACAUAUAUAAUUUUUUUAUUUUUUUUAUUAACACUAACUUUUUAUUUUUGAUUUUACACUAGCAGGGAGACUGCCUGUCAGCACAGGCAGUCCCCCUGCAGGCACACACAUGGACACCUAUUGUGACCAUGUGAUCGCUGUGUUAAGCGAUCACAUGGCCACAGGGGUCCUAAUUCAGUGUGGGGAGACUGUCUGGGCUGCAGGCAGUCUCCCCACAACCGGAGCCACGCUGAUCGCCGCCGGGGGAACGACGGCGAUCAGGUAAGUAACGGAGACCGUUAGGACGGUUCAGGACCGUCAUCGGUCCUCAAGGCAAAAAUGCCGAUGACGGUCCUGAACCGUCCUCGGUCGCUAAGGGGUUAAUCUGCCCAUUGUCAUUUGCAUAAAAUAAACAUUAUGUCGGAACACCAAGACCCUGCUAUUUCUGCAGAACUUCAGGAUUGGCUGUUUGCCACUAUUGCGGAGUCCAUUCCCAAAGCUCUGGCAGCUUAUCAUGAGCAAUCUACUACAGAGGUUCAUCCCGCUACACACCAACCCUCUGACUCAGAGGAUUCCCACCUUUCAGACCAAGAAAGUGCCCCGCGCAAAAGACCCUGGAAAGGGAAUAGCGCUACUGUGGGCAAAGGCAAAGCUCCUGCGAAAAUCCUCAAACAUUCCCAACCAUUUACUAUGCAGAAUCCGACAGACCCUCUAGAGGGCUCUACCUCCCGACUAGCUGAUCAUAUUUUAAACGACUAUGACACCACCUACUCUGAUGAGGAUCCUACGGUGAAUAUGCCCCAGCAUUCCUCAACAUCAGAGUUUAUUAAAGAAACUUUCCAUUUUCAGGAUGCUAAGGGUGCCCCUCCAUCUAAAGAGCCUGCCUCAGACACCCUCCUGGAUGCUUCAGGCCUCCCCUUUUUUGAUCCAAGGGUGAUUCGUCACCCACGGUCUGCGGAAUGGACCCCUCCUGAUGACAUUGCCAGUUACUGCAAAAUGUGGCUUCACAAGCCCCUCAAAAAAGAACUUAGAAAUAAACUGAGGGCUGAAUGCCCAAGACCUACUAUUCCGGGCAAAGUUGCCUCUACCCCUGAGUUCGACCCAAUGCUUGUCACCUUUUUGACUAAAUCCGGCAAAGACCCUCGUAAGGGUAUAGAACAAGGGAUGAAAGCAGCCCAAGACAAGCUUUUGGACAUUUCAGGUCCUAUAAUCCAGAUUUUUAUCCUGGCAGAUGAGGCACUCACUAGUGGUGAAUUUGAUCCACACACUAUCAGAGAAUGAGCUCAGAGAGCUCUAUGCCUAUUAGGCAAUGCAAACGUGGCAAUUUCAGUAGAAAGACGAAAAGCGGCACUUUAUAAAAAUGAUGCCAAAUUAGUAGACUUAAGCUCUAAGGAAUUGGGACCAGAAGCAGAUGGUCUUCUAUAUGGUGACAGCUUUAUGCAAGACCUCUCUAAGCAUGUCUCGGUAUUUACUACGCUUAAUAAAGCCCAGACCUCACUACGCAGGGUCUUCAUCUCCCAAACUCAUUGUUUUUCCGGCAGAGCUGGUCGCUUCAGGGGCCGAGCUACCAGUAGUGCAGCCUUUGCAGGCUACAUGCCCCGACCCACAGACCAUUGGUCCUCUGGACCCACAAGAGCCUACCACAGACAGCUCUUCAGCUCCAGAGGCUCUAUUCGAGGACAUGGCUCUGCAUCCCUGCGCGGACGCACUGCUUCAGGUAAUGUACCUUACUUAUUUAAAGAAUGUGUCAAUUGCAGGUCGAUUAACCCUUUUUUUUUCCAACAGUGGAAACUACUUUCUCAGGAUCACUGGAUCCUCCAUACAGUCAGGGGUUUCAAAAUAGAUUUUCUCACACACCCCACUCAGAGCUAACCUCCAAAACCCUUAGAGAUGUCACAAACAGACGAACUAACCUUAGACUCAGAGUUGCACAAACUAUUAGACGAAGGGGCGAUCGAACCCUCGCCUUUCCCUUAUACUUUCCUCAGCAACAUGUUCCUGGUACGGAAAAAGACGGGAGACCACUGUCCUAUUAUCAACCUCAAAGAGCUGAAUCAGUUUAUCACAUAUCACCACUUCAAGAUGGAAGGUAUCUCUCUUCUCAGGGACCUACUCUGCGUUCUCCAGAUUCGACCUCAAGGAUCUGCCCAUUGUCAUUUCGGUCCCAAUCGCAAGUCAUCGUGUGUUCCUUCAAUUCCUCUGUCAAGGCGAAAUUUGGCAGUUCACCUGCCUUCCUUUCGGACUUUGCUCCGCCCUUGGUGUUAAACCAAGUUAAUGAAGCCGGUCAUGGUGCUACUCCACUCUCGGGGAAUACGUUCCAUCAUAUAUCUUGACGGUAUCCUGAUCAUGGCCCAAGACCCACAUUUGCUUUGCAAACACACACACAUGACCUCUGCCCUCCUUCAAAACCUUGGGUUUGUCAUAAAUUUCCACAAAUCAGAUCUGGAACCAUCUCAGGUAGUCCAUUUUCUGGGCUUUCAAAUAGACUCAGUCCAGGCAACUUUGCAGCUGCCUUAUCCCAAAAUAAAAAAACAUAAAGAAAGAAAUCCAAAAAUUACUUUCUUCACAGCGGCCGAGGCUCCGCGACCUUGCACACAUUCUUGGACUCCUGUCCGCAUCUAUCCAAGCUAUAUUUCCCGGGCCCUUACACUACAGAGCAAUGCAACGAUUGAAAACAUCCUACUUGCAUCGCUCAACCUCUUACGAUCAAUUCAUAUCUUUGACAGACAAAGUUAUCAUCGAACUUCAUUGGUGGCUUCGCAACAUGGAAGCCUGGAAUGGGAAAGCAAUUUUCGGGUCUCAACCAGAUUUUAUUCUGGAAUCCGAUGCAAGCCUCUUGGGUUGGGGUGCUACGUGUGCCCAAACCUCCACAGGGGGUCUUUGGUCCCCAUCGGAACAGGCUGUCCACAUAAAUUGCCUCAAGCUAAUUGCUGGAUCCUUCGCGAUCCGCAGCUUUGCCAAGGAUGCCUCCAAUUGCUCCCUGGUACUACGGAUGGACAACGUCUCCACGGUGCGGUAUGUAAACCGACUCAGAGGAUCCAAAUCCAAACUUCUGUCCGACCUCACCAAGGACCUGUACCAGUUCUGUCUGGACCGGAAUCUGUCCAUCCGAGUGGAAUAUCUCCCUGGGUCCGACAACCUAGUCGCAGACUGGUUUUCGCGUCAUUGGAGGCAUGCCAGCGACUGGCAAUUAGACCCUCUCCUGUUCCAUCACAUCCAUCUCCUACGGGGACCCCUCACACUCAAUCUCUUUGCAUCUCGCCUGAAUCGUCAGACAGACAAUUUCUUCAGCUGGCUACCAGACCCUCUAUCUCUGGCAGUCGACACUUUUCUGCAACCUUGGCCACGGGAGGGGGCCUAUGCUUUCCUUCCCUUCUCGAUGAUUAAACGGACCCUUCACCGGGUCAAAGAGCAAAAAGUCAGGAUAGUAGUAAUCACCCCUCUAUGGAGGGCUCAGACCUGGUUCCCCACCCUCCUGGAACUAUCAGUAGACUACCCCAUCCUUCUACCUCGUUCCUUUCGAGUCCUCAGGAACCCAAUGGGCAAUUACCAUCCUCUCGCCCUACAGAGCCACCUUCAACUGGUAGCUUGGACAGUUUCAGGGGAGCUUGGCAUGUCGCGGGUCUUUCACGCACAGCUCAAACACUCCUCUGGGACUUGUGGGCUCCAGGAACCAGACAAACCUACCUCUCCGCAUGGCACAGUUGGGUUAGCUGGUGUCUGGAGAGGGACCUCGAUCCCGUUUCAACACCUCUUUCACCCAUUUUAAAUUUCUUAUCAUCGCUCUUCGAUCAGGGUAAAUAUUACCGAUCAAUUAAUAUUUUUCGUUCUGCCAUUUCGGCAUCCCAUGACACUAUUGAUAAUUCCUUGGUUGGAAAACACCCUUCCGUGUGCAGACUUUUACGGGGCAUUCGUUUGACGAGGCCACCUUCUGCCAAAUACUCUACGUUCUGGGAUAUCUCUCAGGUUUUCACACUGUUGGAUUCCUGGCCACCUAUGAGGCCUUAUCCUUACGCCAACUCUGCGAAAUUGGCCCUCCUACUGUGUCUGGUGUCCUUCUGCAGGGUUACAGACGUUCAAGCCUUUGACUCUCACGCUGUGACCUUCACACCAGACGGUGUCAGAUUUACCAUUACUAGACACACUAAGACAAAUUCUUCGUCAGUCUUUUAUCCAUACUUUCCCGACAGGCCGUCACUCGGUGUAGCCCUGUGCACCCGUUGUUACAUUGACAACACUAUCUCUCUGCGUCCCUCUACCGGACCUCUGUUUGUCUCUUACGUUAAGCCUCACAAACUGGUCUCCUCCCCCACCAUUGCAUGGAUAAGAUGGUUGUUUACCCAAGCAGGAAUUAAUAGCUCUUUCGGAGCAAACUCCGUUAGGGGAGCGGCCGCAUCCUCUGCGUUAAGCGCAGGCAGCUCACUGGCGGAUAUUUUAGCCUCCGCAGAUUGGUCAAGAGAAUCUACCUUUUGCACCUUUUAUUUUAAACCAACACCACAUGCGGCUUGUUCCUUUAUUCAAGAGGGUUAAAAGAGCAAAUAUGAAGCCUCCUGUCUUGCCAUAAAAUUAGGGAUUAUUCUAUUUUCCAGUGAACGAAUAAUCUAAAUUUUAUUAAAGACAGGAGACAAAUAUUUUCCCUCCCUUCGUUCACUCUUGAACCCACCCUCAAGGUAAGUCUCUUGUUCUGAGGUUAUUGCAUUGUACACUCUCUUGCAAUUUGAUUUGUAGGCAUACACUUUGCUAGUCUGGUAAGGCAAAUUGUACACUCUCUUGCAGUUUGAUUUGUAGGCAUACAAUUCGCUAAUCUGGUAACAUAGAACCCUACACCAUAUUGUACCAUUACGCAUCAGGAUAAUCUGAGCUAUCAUUUUAGAAUGCAUAUUUAUACUUUUCUCUCUUUUAGUAUGAAAAUUUCGGAUUACCCUCUUCAUCUACACAUUUACUUGGUUGACUUGCUACGGGCUAAAACCGCAGAAUGUUUCCAGUUUACAAGUUGAUUCUACUCCUGAUCUGCACCACCUAAGAAAUAGGAAGUGGGAGGAGUCUGGUGGCACUAUAUUGUUCUAUGAUGUGUUAUGAUUGGUUGAAUUUUUUACAACUUUGUUAACUAUUUCUUUCCUGCUGGAAGUUUCAGUUAAGAAAGAUAAGCAAAUAUUCGCCUCCUGUCUUUAAUACAAUUUAGAUUAUUUGUUCACUGUAAGCUAGGAUGAUCCCUAAUUAUACAUUAUCAUAUGCCUCACAAUAUGCUGGCAAAGAUGAACAAAUAUAAAUGACAACAGGUUAUGCAAUAUAUUUCUCCAUACCUCAAAGUAACAGGACAAAUAGAGAAAGAUAAAUAAUUCUAUGAAAACAAGGUGAUGGACCCCAUCACCUAAAACAUUAAAGUAAGAGUGCAGUGCUAUAAAGCAUAGACAAUUUUGCCCCUCAAAUUGUGUAAUAAUUGAUAAUGGUGUGCAAUUGUGCUAAAUGUAAAAAAAAAAAAAAAAAAAAAAAAAAAAAACUAACACCUAAAGAGGCAAACUCUAAAUUCUAAGUUUCUUUUAAAUAUAUAGGCUCUAAACACCCCUAUUGUGCUCACUUUUCAGGUGGCAACCAUACUUAUAUCCCUUCAGUCUUUAGGAAUUCUCCACAAGUUCUCCACAAAUGAUGGAGGAAUAAAUGGAAUAAAAUCUAGGUGUAGUAUUUAACCAUCAAUUAGUUGAAAUUGUCAAAUAUUUGACUACUUGCUCACCUUGCAUUGAGCCUUUUAAACUGGGUUCACGAAUGCAGUUAUUGUUUAAAUGUAUGGGCUGACACUACCCCCUUGAGCCAGCAUUCAUAGUACCAAUGUAGAGGAGAAGAGGUAAGUAUAAAACCAAAUGUAUUAAUUUUUCAAAUAUAAAAACAAAAUAACAUGAUAAAAUACACUAAACAAUUAGUCCAGAGUCCUCUCUCCUUGGUAAGACACACUUUGCCUUCCAUAGGCUUCCUCAAUCUGCAUAUUAGCACUGUUCCCAGCUCCAUCUUUUAAAUCCCUGAAUGGUCUGCCCUUUACACCUCCUUAUCCAAUCAGAACUCCCCCCCCCACAGGUGUGAUGGCUCAGAAGUGGACUUUCACAAAGAUAUCUAGCUGUAUUCCAUUCUGGGAGUGACGCUCUAGUUUUACCUGUCCUGCAGUCUCUCCUCUUGCCUACAAGGUAUUUAAUCUUUUCAGUAGUGUGCUCAUUCAAAAGGGUCACUACUACCCAUCAGCCAAACUACAGGAUCCUAAAUGCUUUGCGCUCUGUGAACUCCAAUCUAAAUCCCAUCAUAGACAAUUGUCCAAAGCAUUCCUGUUUUAAAGGGACCUCAUUAUAUUGUAAUUAGUCCUCAAAAGACAUUGGGGAGUAUAAUAAUUUUAAAAUAAAUUGAUAAUACAAUGGUAGUAAACACUCAAUAGUAAUAUUAUUACAAAAAACCCAACCUCAGUGAGAGAAAACCCUCACUGAGCCCGUAUUGGUUUAGGAGUAAUUAAAGGGGGGUAUUCCCAGAUUAAUAUCAGAAUAAUUCAAGUACUAACCGGGCCCGCGUCUGGAUGGCUUCUGAGAUAUGGCGAGAUCAGGCACUUUUCAACUGGUAUGGCUUUAGGUAGUCAGGUUUCCAGUGACAAGUUAAUACAUGAAAUAUUAAUUAGAUAGAUCAGUUAGUUUAGACUGAAACAUAUAUAAUAUCUUAAUAGGUAAAGUCUAUAUUAGAGAAAUGCCAAAACCCUUAUUAGAACAAAAAGAUUGUCCUUCUGAAUAAAAAAGCAUAACAUAUGUUCGAAAAAGUAUAUCAAUAUAUAAGUGCUCAGAUAAAUGGUCCAAAAGAGAAACCCUCAUUUAGGCCCUUAGGAAAAAGGGUCUUAAGUCUAAAAAUGCAGAAGCAUUCACAUUGUUUUAAGAAUCUGUCAUAGUCAACACUUCUCUGGUCCUGUUUAACUAAUUCCAAACCACAAAAGCGAAGUCCCUUGGAGUCACCCAAGUGGUGUUCCCUCAGGUGCCUGGAGAUUGGGGUCUCAAUAAGCCCUUUUGGUGACCGCACAUGUUAUUUAAUCCUUUAUUUAAAAGGAUGAGAGGUUUUUCCUACAUAUUUCAUGUUGCACUCACAGGUAAGUAAAUAUACAAGCCCUGCAGUGUUACAAUUAAAAAAAAUGUGCAUCUUAAAUAACUGUUUACCUCCAAAUCCCUUGGAGUCACCCGAGUGGUGUUCCCUCAGGUGCCUGGAGAUUGGGGUCUCAAUAUGCCCUCUUGGUGACCUCCCUGCCUAAGCACAUUGCUAAUUUUGCCUCUGGUAUGUGUAUGUAUGUGUGUGUGUGUGUGUGUGUAUAUAUAUAUGUAUAUAUAUGUGUGUAUAUAUAUAUAUAUAUAUAUAUAUAUAUAUAUAUAUAAUUAUUAUUAUUAUUAUUAAAGCUCUAACUCUGAACAUCUUAUUAUGAUAUGUAACAACAUUUUAAUAACAUAUGUAGCCAUGAUACACUGGUAUGUGCACUUUAUUUCAAUAAAUAAGUGAGCUAUGAGGUUUUGCAACAUUGUCAUUCCGCAGAGGGUUGUGAAUAAAAGCAUAGAUAGAGCUGUCUCUUCUUAAUCUAUAAACAUUCUUUGCAUUUAACCAAUUUUAAUGAUUUUUCACUUCACAUGUUUUUUUUUUUUCUUUUUUUUUUUCACCUAAGUGUGUUUUCCCUAUGUGGGAUCUAAUAAAGCAGUACCAUUUUAACUAAUAACCAGCUCGUUACAAUUUUCUUUCUUCUCAUAUUUAUCUGGGGUUGCCCCUGUUUAAUUACUCCGCAACCAAUACAGGCUCGGUGAGGGAUUUCUCUCACUGAGGUUGGGUUUUUUGUAAUAUGUUCAUAGGUUUCAAUACCUAGGUUGUUGCUUUAAUUAACACACAGGCAUCACACCAGUAUGGCAGGUUUCCUCUCUAGUAAACCAGAUAUAAAGGUUUAGUGCAACGAUGCAGGUAGUGUGUUCUCAAAUGAACAAUUGAACAUCACUGAAAAGAUAUGAUACCAAGGGGGCUAAGAGUUUGUAACAUACCUUGAUCUUUUGCGGACAGUUUGGAAUUGCUUAAGAAGUGGGAGGCUGCGGACGAUAUUUGCUCACAGAAAUUCAUGGAGAUCAUUUGCAAGUACGAAAAAGUGAAAUUAUUAGAAACUAAUAAAAAAAUUAGGGCAAAAAAUUGAGAAAAUACAUAAAUUUCAGUUCGAUCCUUUGUUUAACCAACUUGAACUGAAUUUAAAACAAAAUCUGGAUAAAUUCCAACAGACAAUUAAAUCACAAAACCAUCAAAUGUUUAUUUGUAAUUUUAAUGACUACCAAAAGGUAAUGUACAAUACCGUCACACAAAGAACUAGGACUAAUUCAGAGAACACUAUGACAUCUGACUAUGAUUCGUCAGAUGCAGAAGUGGGGAAUCAUAGAACCCAGUCUCAAUCCCGACCCCAGACUCUCACACCUACUAAUCAAAGCAAUUCCAAAAGUAUUCUUAAAAAAAAAAAAAAGGGCUGUCAGGAUCGUAUCCUGACAACUAUGUUUUAUCUUCAUUUAUUUAUGUUCCUUUAAACUAAGCUACAGCUCUCCACCACUAGUGGCCUCCCUAGCCUCCUCAGUCCUCACCUGCCUGGGACUAAUUACAGAUCCCACAAAAGGCCAUACCUGAGAAUUCCAGCAGCCUUUACAUUGAAGUUGGGAUUUACCUGAAUCACUUCAUAUCCUGGCUCAUGUGAAUCUGCUCCAGAUUUACCUUCAAACCUGCUCCACCCUUACCUAUAAUUCAAACCAGCCUUCCACUGUUACCAGCCUGCCUGUGUUAGAACCUUAACUAGAAAUUACAGACAUUGUUUAUUAUUUGCAAGUGACCUGUUUUGUGGCAUAUUACCUAAAUUCUGUUUUCCCUCGAGUUUCAUAAUAUGUCUAAAAUCACUAAUAAAGUACCUGAAGUCAACCCUGGCAUGUCACCUAUCUGACCUGCACAAGAUCAUGACAGCAUGUAAUGGCCCUAAACCGUAGACUCCAGGGUUAACUAAUGUUCUGAAGAUCCUAGCUGAGUGUUUAUUGGAAUUAUGCAAAGCCGUAACAAGUGUGGUUCAAUCAAGUUCCAGCAAUCCUCCUGAAAGGAAAAAAUCCUGAGAAAAAUACAAAGUCAAACAAACCUUCAAGGAAAAGAGAACCACUAACUAAACUUGAACUGGAAAAAAAGAGACGUCAAACUGAUUUAUGCUAUUGUUGUGGUGAUACAGGACAUCACAUUUCCUUCUGUCCAAGAAGACCACCUAAUUCUCGUGUAACUGAUGACCCAAAACAUACAGACCUCUGAAACAAAUACUUCUUUAAAUAAUGACUAUAACCACUGCACUUCUGACUUAACCCAAGCAGACUUACCUUAUUGUCCUCUCUUAGAUGAUCUACUAAAAUCUCAGAAUUCAGAAGGUGUUUCUGUAGAGAUGGACUAUGAUCCUCCACCCUCAGAUGGCAUGUGUUUAGAGGAAGAAUUCAUAAACAAAUGUCCUGAAUUUAUGGUUGCUACGUUGACUACCUCUCCGAACAUCCAAUCCACAGAAAAGCGGAAAGUUCCUAUGAGGAAUACAGCAAAACCUCCAUUUAGUCUUGUAAAAACCAGUGAUGGUACUAUUAUGCCUAUUAAGGAACUCUACCUCCGUGAAAGCUAUCUGGAUGCUAAGAGGUAUGUGGAAGCUAACCCCCCCUGAGGACACCAUCAAUCAAGUGUCAGCCUGCUCUUCCUCACAACCUGUUACUUUAGGUACACUGAUGCCUAUCCUAAAAAAAAAACUGUACCUCAGACUCAAUUCUGGGUUCAUGAAGAAAACCAACAAACCCAUCUCUACACUAACAGUAAAAGAAAACACAGUAACUGAAGUCAUACUUCCUGAGUGCACCAAAGCCUCAAACGGUACUAUUGUACGGGGUCAACUUCUCCUGGAUAAAAGAGGAUCUGAGUUCCAGGCACACUCAGCAUUUGUGUCAUUACUUCUCAAGUUCAUACUGGCACAUAAUUGCAUUCUCUUUUACAACAAAUUUUACCACCAGGUGAUAGGCAAUGCAAUAAGGACGGCUUGUUCCCCAUCAUAUGCCAAUUUGCACCUGGGGUUGUGGGAGGAAGAUUGACAUAUUUUUAAACAUUGACAUACCAGAGAUGGAAAGGGUCACUUCUAAUAUCAAAGAGGCACAUCUUAGGGACAAACUCACAGCACAAAUAAGAGACACAUCCACUAUUCCUUAAAACCUGAGAGCCAUGGAAGGACUACACUAACCGCUGACGGACAUACCACCGCAGUGACGCACGCUACCCAGCACUGGCUGGAGCUGACCAUAAGUGUCGUUCAACUUCGGGCAAACAGCAUGCCAAGUUACAGCUUCAGGCUUGAAUACAGUAAGAUGUUGCUAUAUUUAUGGAGGCAUGAUGGGGCACAGGGGGGCUAGAUGUUGGUUUUUAAUACUAUAGAGUCAGGAAUACAUGUUUGUGUUCCUGACCCUAUAGUGAUCCUUUAAGACCUUUUUUUCCUAAUUGCUUAAAUUAGGGCUUUUCUUUUGCAUCAUUCAUCUGAGCAGAUAUAUAUCUCUGCUCAAAUGAAUGAUGCAAAAGAAAAGCCCUAAUUUAAGCAAUUAGGAAAAAAAAGGUCUUAAAGGAUCACUAUAGGGUCAGGAACACAUAUAUAUUCUUUUUCUUUAAAUUUACCUUAGGGAAUUUGUUUCUGGUUGUAUAUGUUCGCUGUUAUACUUUCUUCUUAUUCCCUCAUUCAACUGACACAUUUUAUGCUUUUUAUUCAGAAGGACAAUCUUUUGUUCUAAUAAGGGUUUUGACGCAUGUCUCUAAUAUAGACUUUACCUAUUAAGACAUUAUAAAUGUUUCAAUCUAAACUAACUGAUCUAUCUAAUUAAAGGACCACUAUAGUGCCAGGAAAACAUACUCGUUUUCCUGGCACUAUAGUGCCCUGAGGGUGCCCCCACCCUCAGGGUCCCCCUUCCGCCCGGCUCUGGAAGGGGGAAAGGGGGAAAACUUACCUUUUUCCAGCGCUGGGCAGGGAGCUCUCUGCCUCCUCCUCCGAUCCGCCCCGUCGGCUGAAUGCGCACGCGCGGCAAGAGCUGCGCGCGCAUUCAGCCAGUCGCAUAGGAAAGCAUUCAUAAUGCUUUCCUAUGGACGCUUGUGUGCUCUCACUGUGAUUUUCACAGUGAGAAGCAUGCAAGCGCCUCUAGUGGCUGUCAAUGAGACAGCCACUAGAGGAUUUGGAGGAAGGCUUAACCCAUUGAUAAACAUAGCAGUUUCUCUGAAACUGCUAUGUUUAUAAAAAAUAAAAAAAAUAAAAAAAUGGGUUAACCCUAGAAGGACCUGGCACCCAGACCACUUCAUUAAGCUGAAGUUGUCUGGGUGCCUAGAGUGGUCCUUUAAUAUUUCAUGUAUUCAACUUGUCACUGGAAACCUGACUACCUAUAGGCAUACCAGUCGAAAAGUGCCCAAUCUCACCAGAUCUCAGAAGCCAUCCAGACUUGGGCCUGGCCAAUACUUAGAUGAGAGACCAACUAGGAAUGCUGUUAGAGACAAUUAUGCAAUUAAUGCUUAUACUUUUUUUGUGUCAUUUGUGGAUAUUUUUAUCCUUCAAAAGAUUUGUCUUUGAUAGUUAAAGUAGGGGGUUCUAACAUCUCAUACUGUCUAAUUGAUUUUAUUUAUAUAUAACUUUAGCUUAAUGAAGCAGUGUUGGUGUAUAGAACAUGCCCCUGCAGCCUCACUGCUCAAUCCUCUGCCAUUUAGGAGUUAAAUCCCUUUGUUUAUGAACCCUAGUCACACCUCCUUGCAUGUGAGUUGCACAGCCUUCCAUAAAUACUUCCUGUAAAGAGAGCCCUAUUUAGUUCUAUUUAAGUUCUGUUUAAUUAAGAUUUUCUUAUCCCCUGCUAUGUUGAUAGCUUUCUAGACCCUGCAAGAGCCUCCUAUAUGUGAUUAAAGUUCAAUUUAGAGAUUGAGAUAGUUAUUUAACUCCUUAAGGACCACACUUCUGGAAUAAAAGGGAAUCAUGACAUGUCACAUAUGUCAUGUGUCUUUAAGGGGUUAAGGUAAAUUACAUCUGUUUGAAAGUGAAACCAUUGUUUUUUUGUUUUUUGUUUUUUUUAUGCAGGCUCUGUCAAUCAUAGCCAGGGGAGGUGUGGCUAGGGCUGCAUAAACAGAAACAAAGUGAUUUAACUCCUAAAUGACAGUGAAUUGAGCAGUGAAAUUGCAGGGGGAAUGAUCUAUACACUAAAACAGCAUUAUUUAGCUAAAGUAAUUUAGGUGACUAUAGUGUUCCUUUAACUGUGAACCUUAGCUACAGCAAUGCUUUACUGUAAGAGAACAGUGUUACUAUUAUAUUGUGCUUUAUGAAAUGGCUAAAUAUCUAUAGCUUUAUGGACCAAUCUAUGAAUGUAUGGGAGGGUAGGUAUAUCGGCUAUUGAUGCCUAGUUGCAUUUUUCAGAUUUGUUUUAUCCUUCCUUUUCCUCUCUUUUUCAUGUGAUUUGAAAGCUGGUCCCAAUUUGCUUGCAUUAUGACUAGGUCCCGGCUGAUUUUUACUCCCCUGUUUAUUUAACUGACUGCUUUGUCAGGUUUGGUUCUGAGGCUGGGAUAAUCCUCUGUGAUCAUUAAGGGUUUUACUAUUGCAUUACUAGGGCCAUUAUAGACCAAAAUUUACUUACCUUGGGGAGCUAAUCCGUCUGGGUUCAGUUUUUAGUUCAAGGUAGUGACCACCUCCUGUGAGCAUCUAAGGUUUAGAACAGUGGAUACCUAGACUGGGGGUGUCUUUGCAGUAAUAGACUAGGGCUUUAAUAGACAAGGAAUGCAUUUUCUUUAGCGGUGAAUCCGUUUGGGUUCUAAUUUCAAUCUUUACCAUUACAACCAGAGGUUAAGAUAUAAAAAAAUAAAAAAAUAAAAAAAUAAAUAAAUAAAUUUAUAUAUAUAUAUAUAUAUAUAUAUAUAUAUAUAUAUAUAUAUAUAUAUAUAUAUAUAUAUAUAUAUAUAUAUAUAUAUAUAUAUAAUGUAACUACAUCCAGGAUCGGUUAUAUCAUCUUACUAGAUACCAAACGAUCAAUCUAUGGUAUAAGAUCCAGCUAACGCUUACCUAAAGGCUCUUCAUCACAUACAUUGAAGCACCUUUAUUUCCUCUGGGAUUUUUAGGUCCAUACCUUAAUAUAAAUUAGUUAACUAUACUGCUAGUUUCCCCAGUUGUACUAUCUAAUUUAACUUGGGGCGGUCACUGCAGUUUAUUUUCUCAGGCAUUCCUUAAUCUGCAUGUCUUUUUCCUAUAUAUAGGAACAUUAUGGCUACCAUGUAGGUGGUCUUUUAAUUGUUCCAAUUUUCAUCCCUACUUCUAAUCUGUAGGUCUAUUAGUUAUUUACCUCUUUAAUCAAGCAUACUGCUAAUCUUUGUAUCAAGUCUACAUGUUUACCUUAAUAGGGGUUUGCUUACUAAGCUGUUAGUCUCCCCAGUCACACUUUCUAUUUUAACUUGGGGGCUAUUGCAGUCUAUUUCCCCAGGUAUUCCUUAAUUUGCAUGUCCCUCUUCUUGUUUUGUGUCAUCUGCAAACACUGAAACAUGACAUUCAAAGCUUUCUUCAAGAUAAUUUAUAAACAUGUUAAAUAGAAGGGGUCCCAGAACAGACCCCUGAGGGACACCACUUGCCACCUCUGUCCAGAUUGAAAAUUCACCAUUAACAACAAUUCUUUGUACUCUAUUUUUAAGCCAAUGUUCUACCCAAGAACAAGAAUUUUCAUCUAGAGCAAUUUCCUUGAGUUUGAACACUAAUCUAUUGUGUGAAACUGUAUCGAAUGCCUUGGCAAAAUCCAAAUAGAUCACAUCCACUGUAACACCCUGAUCUAUACUUCUACUUACUUCUUCGUAGAACACAAUCACGUUUGUUUGACAUGACCUGUGCUUCAUAAAACCAUGCUGAUUUUUGCUGAUAACCAUGUUCUCAAUGAAUUAUUGAAUAUUAUCCCUUAAUAACCUUUCAAAUAUUUUCCCAGCCACGGAAGUUAAGCUCACAGGUCUAUAAUUUCCAGGCAAGGCUUUUAUACCUUUUUUGAAUAUAGGAACCACAUCUGCCUUCCUCCAAUCCUCCAGAACACUUCCUGAAAGAAAAUAAUCUUGAAAGAUUAAAAACAGUUUCACUUAUUUCUACACUUAGUUCCUUAAGUACUCGUGGAUGGAUACCGUUAGGCCCUGGAGCUUUGUUUAUAUUAACUUUAUUUAGUUGCUGCAGCACCUUGUCUUGAGUUAACCAAUUACAAUUAUUCUGCAAGUUUUUAGUCGCAAUCAUUUGCAUAUCUAUUGCCAUGGGUUCUUCUUUAAUAUAUAUGGAGGAGAAAUAGUUAUUUAAAAUUCUUGCCUUUUCCUGGUCUUCAUUAACUAACACCCCCGUUUCAGUUUUUAGUGUACCUACACUUGAAUUUUUAGUUUUUUUUAGAAUUUAUGUACUUAAGAAAAUAUGCUUUGGGGUUAGUUUUGCUCUCUUUUUAGCUAUCGUUUUUUUUCAUUUUGAAGUUUAGCAAAUCUAAUCGCCUUUUUUUACACUUUAUUGGCUUCCUUAUAUCUUUUAUAAGAUGCAUCUGAUUUGUCCGAUUUAAAUGCUUUAAAUGCCUUUUUCUUCUUUUAAUCUCUUGUUCUACUUCUCUACUAAGCCACAUUGGUUUUAAUUUGCUUCUUUUAUAUUUAUUACCGAGUUUUACAUACUGAGAAAUGUACUUUUCUAAUAUUUGUUGAUGUUCCAUUUAUCUUCAGUGUUAUUUUCACUAAAGAGUUUAUGCCAGUCAAUAUAUUGUAAAGCUGCCCUUAACUUAUAGAAAUUGGCCUUUUAAAAAAUAUGUUUUAGUAUAUCCCAUGUGCUUUAGUUUUUUUUUUAGUUUAUUUCAAAGGACACUAUAUUGUGCUCACUUGUACUUUUUGUGAAUUAUUAACAUUACAUACCUUCUCUGUUCUGAGCUUGCCCUUCCCCCUGUCUCCACCCCCCUUAUACUGAGAUAAAGCCCAUCUCUUUCUGUCCUAUCUCCAUUUUGCAGAUAGCUAUGACCCUUUACCUUGUUAGCUUAAACCCCUUGUUAGUUUCAACUCCUGGUUUUCUAACUCCUGCUUGUAAGAGUCUGCUUUCAAGCAAUGUGAGCAAGCUCAGUGAGUUAGGGGUGUGCCUUUAUGGGAAUACAAAUCCCACACAUGUGCAAUUACCGAACACUCCUCCAAUCAAUCAAGCAGCAGCACAAAAGAGGGGGAAAAAACAGAACACAGAAAAAAAAAAAAUUAAAAAAAUAAAAUAAAAAAUAAAUAAUUGUUUUCCUUUUUUUAAAAAAAACUCUGCUAAUUAAACAGAUUAAACAAAAAUAAAAUACCAACCACUCAAAUUCACUCUUGGUUUUCUAACUCCUACUUGGAAGAGUCUACUUAAUAGAGUCUGCUUUCAAGCAAUAUGAUUUUACUGUUGAAUAAAAAAAAAUAAAAAAAAAUAAAAAUGACAUGUUAUCCUUGUUCUUUGCACAGCACAACAAAAAUGAAGAAAAAAAAAAUUGAAAUGUCAUCAAGUUCACAAACUAUUUUAUUUCAAACUUUGAUACAUAAGGAUGGAAUCCAACCCCCCCCCACCCCUUUUUAUUAAUUCCACUUCCCUCCUUGUUACUCCACAUUACAACUGUUAAGUUUCUAUUUUAUUCCAAUAUUGCAUUCUGGUCAUAAAAACGAUUUGAACAAAUUCACAAAAUAUUUAAUAAAAUUUAUUUAAAUUCAUACAUAAUAUUCAAGUAUAAUAACCAUUUUUUCAUGCAGAAUAUUAUGUGGUUUACAUUUUAAUUAGUCAUACAGAAACUUUAAUAAAUAUUUAUAACAUUUCAUUUUUAUUAUAUCUAUAUAGGAUUUUUUUUUUUUAAAGAUAUUUAUAGUUGUUUUUAAUCCAUUUGCGUUUUACAUUUAUUUAAAACUAAAACCUUUAUCCACUUCAUUUCUGUUCUUCCCAAUUUUCCAACAAUAUUCUCUCUUCUUUAAAUUGCAUUUUCUCAUUUGCCAUAACUUUAAUAAAUGUGGGUCACUAGUAUGUACCUUUUUGAAAUGUAAUUAUGCUUGUCAACAUACUUUUUGAUAUUUCUGAUGUGCUUGUGAAUUAUUGUGUAUAACAGACAUUUUGUUCUCCCCACAUAAUGUAGAUGGCAAGGACAUGAGAGGAGAUAGAUCAAUUUUUUUGUGUGAAAUCUAGUUAUAACCCUUAUUUUACAUACUUUUUCUUGUUGAUCUAAGGAGGAUUUCAUAUGUCUUAGUGCUAUUAAUACUCCUGCACACCUGACACAGCCCACAAUCAAAGAAACAUCCCUUAUACAGAAAGGCAUUUGGUUUUGAUAUAUUUUAUAUGGUUGUUUACUAAGGUUUUAAAUGGAUAAUUCUCAAUGGCUCUCAAUUGAGUCGAGGCCAACAGCUUCUUGAGGUUAAUACCUUUCCUAAAGAUAACACUCAAGGAUAGAUAACCACAGCCAUGGGUCUCUUUACUUAUCAAUCCCUAUAGUUUAUUUAUUUAUUUAUUUAUUUAUUUAUUUAUUUGUUGUGCAAAGGAUAGGUACAAACAAGCUUGAAGGUACCACAAUGGCAAUCAUCUAGCACAUAGGUUGUCAACCUGGUCCCUACCGCCCACUAGUGGGCGUUUCAGGAUUCCAGGUGGGCGGUAGGGAUUUCCUCAUUUAGAGAGAUUGGGUGGGCGGGCGGGUGCGAGCCGGCGUUACCCCUGCGACCGGGUAUCGCCAUCACCAUUUGCAGCCCUGGCGGCAAACCGCCGGGGCCACCAUCCAAGGGGUCCAUCGGGUGGCCCAUGCUGCACACCCGAUGGAUGUGGAUUGUGAGGGGGCCCGGUCAGCGCUGGGUGCUUUAACAGCGCGACCGGGCCCCCUGUGAUUACAUCACAGAGCUGGGAGGAAGUGACUGCACGUCACUACUCCCAGCUAACACUGAGAGCCGCGCGUGAGGAAGACCAGUGAGUCAGAUUGGGACCUUUGACUCCCAUCCACCUGAGCCACCACUGGACCCAAGGGAAAGUCACCCUCCUGCACCUUAAAGGUAGGAAACAGGAAGGUGACUUAAAUAUAAUGUGUGUUUGUGUGUGUCUUUGUAUGUAUGUCUUGUGUGUGUCUUUGUAUGUAUGUCUUGUGUGUAUGUGUGUCUUGUCUUUGUAUGUGUUGUGUCUUUCUUUGUAUGUAUGUCUUGUGUGUGUCUUUGUAUGCAUGUCUUAUGUGUGUGUGUGUGUGUGUGUGUGUGUGUGUGUCUUUGUAUGUAUGUGGUGUGUGUGUGUGUGUGUGACUGUGUGUGUGACUGUCUGUGUGUCUGUAUGAAUGUAUGUGUGUGCCUGUCUGUUUGUAUGUAUGUCUUUGUAUGUGUGUCUUGUAUGUGUGCCUGUCUGUUAUAGUGGGCUAUAAAGAAAGAUGCAUUAGUGAGCGGUAGGAAGAAAAAGGUUGACUACCACUGAUCUAGCAUAAUUUCAAGCUUUACAAUCUGAGUAGUAGAUUGAAUGUGCACAAUUUUAUAUUAGAUUAAUAGACAUGCGUGAAUAUUGAAGGUACAGUAGCAAUAAUUAGUGAGACACAUUUACAGAUGUAUAGACUAUGCUAGACUUUCUGAUGCUGAUUAAAUUGUAUAACAUGCUAGCUGGGUAUAUAGUAAUAGGCUAAUAGCGGGUUUAACCCCUGGAAUGCUUCUGUUUUUGUAGAGCAUGUGCAAAUUUAGUGAAACACAUUUUCAGAUGUGAAGACUAUGCUAGACUUUCUGAUGGUGACUAAAAUUGUAUAACAUGCUAGCUGGGUAUAUACUAACAGGCUAGUAAAGGGUUUAACUCCUGGAACACCUCAAUUUUUGUAUAGCAUGUGUAGACAUAGGCAGGCAACUAAAAGUCACUCAAACAUAAAAUGAACUAAAACACAGGUUUAAUAAUAUUGUCUGUCUGGGUACAGACCGACUUAAGUGUAGCAGUGUGUCCUGAGGGGGAGAGGGGAGGGGGGCACUGGUACCGUGCUCGGAAACGCAUGGCACUGUCAGCCAAUGCCUUGUCUUGGUGUAACCGUAAAGUCCCUGGAAGCUACUGGGUGCGUUCCUGUGGCAGUUCUGGGCGUGGGUUACACUCAACAUCACUCUCACUCUCUCUGUGCUUCUACCACUGUGGGGUGUACUUUGAGUGGAAGACCUUGUUGGUUUUCUGCCUGGGUGGGCUGGGUAUGUGCAGCUUAGGUGUUUGGUGGGUGGUUGUGCCCGACUGGGCCUCUCGAACCCCAUUUCCUGUUCACCUCCGUUUGGUCUUCUGUCCCCCAGCUGCUGCUUUUGCUCGUACCUCCGCCCACUGCCAGAAACAGGCAGAUAUCUCAUCCAGGUGCUGUAGCAUGCAGUCUAUUGUAGCACACCUGUCCUGCUCGGCCGUCAGCUGCCGCUUGUCACGUGGAAAGGGUACUCAGGUUUGUGCGAUAUCAGCUGCCUGCUAUUAUCAAGGUGAGUGAGGCUGCUAUGUGUGGACCGGAUCCCCGCCAGUCCUGGGGAGGGGGGAUGGGAGGAAGAGGUGUUUUACCGGGUUCCCAGUCACUGUUUAUGUGCCCAGAGAGCGCCCGUCUGUCCGUAACUCAGUCUCAUGUAGGCCUCAAGCCUUGGUGUGACAGGUUGGCUGUGCUGAAGCUCGAACGAGGCACCAUUCAAUGCAGCAGCCUCUCCCGGUUGUGAGUGUUGUGGUCUGCAGUCUGUGAGUUUCGAUGAGCAGGAGUAGUACCCUGUUUUUUGUCCCCAGACGUGGGAGCUCGUGCUGAACAUGUCUGGGCUGCUUGGCUGCCUGGCCAAUUCCUAUAGUUUUAAUGUAAGCAACAUUAGAUUUAGUGACAGAAACUGGUCCAAACUCUGAUUUUGAUACACCUUUCCCUGCUAUUGGAGUAGGACACUUCAUAACUUCUCUCCCCUUAAAUUGGUGAUUGGGAAUAGCCCCUACAAUAUGGCUAACACUUAAGUAAUCUAUUUAAAAUGCUUAUUAUCCAUUAAUGGGCGAUUACUGGCUUGUGACCCCUGAUCAUCUUCAGGCGUAACCUCCAUAGUAUGGAAAUAAACAAUUAAAAAUAAAUAAAUAAAGAUAGCCUAUUAAAUUUUCUGGCCUUAAUGAAAUCCCCUUUAACCAGCCUCAGAUCAUACCCUUUGUUUUGAAAAUCGGUGGGCAAGACUUAGAUUUUCUAUUAGAAUCAAAGAAAAGUUCAAUAAAAUUGCAUACUAGAAAAUUGUCCCGAGAGUAUAUUACUAAUCUAUUGGGGUGGUUAAAAUAUAUCCUACAAUUCAAAGUAAUUUUUUGUCGUGCUUAGAUAUAAAAGUAAAUACCAAGUGAUUUGAAUACAACCAUGAGACAAACUGACAACUUUCAAUAUUGAGCCAUUCCAUAUACUUAAAAUAUCAUUGACAAAUUGGCAAUAGAAUAUCAGAUUGCACAUACAAGGAUUAUUGACUAAAAUUAUUUUUAUUUAUGAAGCGUCAACAUAUUUUGCAGCUCUGUACAAUUGGUAGACUAAGUUAUAGCCUUCGAGAAGUCUCUAAGGCAAGCAUCAAAGGUAGGAGUACAAACAGAGGAUACACAUAGGUUUUCGGCAGUGCAUAGGGGCCUAGACGGGACAUGUUUGUGCAUUAGUGAGGAUAGGUAGGUUGGAGCAGCAUUGUGUAGAGAUUUGCAAGCAAGUACCAGGAUUGAGCAUCUCCACCGCAUUCAUUAUAGACUCUAACAGAGCAAAUUGGGAGCGGAUAAGACCACUGAGAAGCAGAAUGCAGUAGUCAAGGGAAGAGAGGACAUCGGCAUUGGCAAGCACCUUAACCACAUCAGGCGUUAAAUAAAGGUAGGGUGCGCUCUAAGCUUUUGAGAUGGAAGUGACAGGAUUUGUCAACUUAAUGGCCAUUGAGGGUGAAGGAGAGGUCAGAGUUGAGGAGAACACAUAGGCAGCGAGCCUGUGAUGUUUAACCGUUAACUUGGAGUGAAACAGAAAAGGGCAUAGCAACACUUGAGCGAUGGAAGACCAGAAGUUCUGUUUUGGACAGGUAAAGUUUAGGGAAAUGAGCAACAAUCUUGUGGAAUAUCAACACUCUCUUGGGGAGAGGAGGCAGAGCCAGAGAAUAAAACACUGAAAGAGCUCUGGGAGAGGUAGGAAGAGCACCAGGAGAGAGCGGUACCUCAUAGACAUUUGGCAACUCAAACUUUCAGCUCCCUCCACAGAUUUCUUUUUUUUGUGGGAUUAAGGUCUGGGGAAUGCCUAGGCUAGGUUUGUUUUCUUGGUGACUAUGGUCCCAGCUGCCUUGAAGUCAUUAACAAGAUCCUCCUGUGUAAUUCUGGACUGAUUUGUCACUGUUCUCAUGCUCAUUGAAACUUCACAAGGUGAGAUUUUGCAUGGAGCACCAGACCGAGGGAAACUGACAGUUAUUUUGUGUUUAUUCCAUUUGCGAAUAAUCACACCAGCUGUUGUUACCUUCUCACCAAGCUGCUUGGUGAUGGUCUUUUAGCCCAUUCCAGCCUUGUGUAUGUCUUCAAUCUUGUCCCUAACAUCCUUGGACAUCUCUUUGGUCUUGGCCAUGGUGGAGAGUUCGGGAUCUGAUUGAUUGCUUCUGUGGACAGGUGUCUUUUACACAGGUAACAAGCUGAGAUUAGGAGCACUCCAUUUAAGAGAGUGCACCUAUUCUCCGCUUGUUACCUGUAUAAAAGACACCUGGGAGCCAGUCAUGUUGCUGAUUGGUAGGGGAUCAAAUAUGUAUUUAACUCAUUGACAUUCAAAUCAAUGUAUACCUUUUUUACAUGCAUUUAUCUGGAUGUUUUUGUUUUUGCUUUUGUUUUUUGUUCUGUCUCUCACUGUUAAAAUAAUCGUACAAUUGAAGAUUAUAUUAGCUUUAGUGUACUAAUAAUCUUAAUUUUAGUAAUGACAGGAGGCCAAUAUUUGCAUAUCUUUCUUUACUCAAAACUCCAGCAGCAUAGUAACAUAAACAACCAAUCAGAAAAAAAUAUAUAAUGCCCAUAAAAGGCCCUGUCUAUGACAUCACUUCCUCUUUCUUUGAAGCGAAACAAUAAAUUACAACAAGAGACAUAAUCAUAUUACGUCAACAGUUCAACAACAUAUUAGAAUAUCCAACUCCAUUAGUUCCACGAUGCAGAGGUAUGGAAGGUGAAUCUUUGUCUCGAUGAGAAGACGUUCACGCUGCAAGAAAAAGAAAAAGGUGAAAGGUAUCUGGCGUGAUAACUUGUCCGCAUACAAUAAGCAUUAAGCAUCUGAUAUACCAACGAACAUUAGAGUGUGAAACAUAUCAAUAUAUAUUUAUUCUAACGCAAUGAUAUUUAAGAAUAUAUAAACACAACAUAAUGCAAGGUUCAUGUCUAGUAUUCAGCCAAUACAAGACCCACAAGAUACAGGUCUAAGUAGCAAACAUACAAACCAUACGUACUUACCUUCCUGAACAUAAAGGACAUAUUCUGUUCAACACGAGAAACAUGGGAGGGAUUCUAUAGGGUGGGAAAUAUUCGCCUCCUGUCAUUACUAAAAUUAAGAUUAUUAGUACACUAAAGCUAAUAUAAUCUUCAAUUUUACCACAUGACAGGAGGCUUCAUAUUUGCAUUUUUAAAGCUUUGAAUUGACCAAUGUGAAGGAAGCAUGAGAUGUUUGCCGAAAAUAGAACGUUCUAAACGUACUCUCUCGCGCUCAGUCCGCGCAGCGUAUAAUGUCGGCUAGGGAAGCGUCGGCCGAAAAGGUUUGUGAGGCCGCCGCUCCCCUGACCGAGUGGGCUCCGAAACAAGGUUCGACGCUAAAGACAAAAACCAGCGGACCCAUCUGGCCAGUGUUGCGGUAGACACCGGUCCAUGAGGGUUCACGUAAGAAGUCAGAAGGUGAUCCGUCGAAUGAGUUCGAAGGGGGUAGAGAUAUUGGUGUACCCCAUUAGCGUUCUGACCACGCAUAGUGAGGCGUCUGACACAAAGCAUGGGUAUGACUCUGAAGACGAAACAGACUUAGUUCAUCUCGACAUGGUAAAGGUAACCCCGUCUGGUGUGAGAGAGAAACCAUCCAUAUCGCAAGCCCUAACGUCCGCCACCGUCUAAAUGAGGCGAGGCAUAAUAAGAGGGCUAGCUUGGCUGAAAGUUGCUUCAGUGACAAACAAGGAUUGUCCGGCCAUUCCCUAAGGAAUCUCAGCACCACAUCCACCUGCCAGAGGCGUGAAUAUUUGGGUGCAGGGAUCUCGACAAUUCGACACCCCACAGUAGUCGACAAACCAGUGUAUCUUGACCUACUGGUCUGCUCUGUACCGGAACGUGCGCCGCCGAUAUCUGCGUAUAUCGGCGGAUCUGAUCACGUUGAGGGAUCGAUAUGACCGACCCAACGAGACCAGGUGUGACAGAUAGUUGAGGGUCAGUGGGACAGGUGCGGUAAAGGGAUCGGAAUCCCUUUCCACACACCAAUCACUCCAGGCCGACCAGGCAGAAAUAUAGCCUUUCCUGGUGCCGGGAGCCUAUGAGUCCCAUAGGAGGUCUUAGUUGAUGCAAUAGGUCGUGAACUGACCAGAAGCCCCUGAAGCCGUCCAGUGCCAGUUGUCCUUCCAUGACAAGGGAGUGGGCUUCCCCUCGAGGUCCCGUCAGAAGUAGAGGGAAGGUAGGGAGUAGUAGAGGGUCUCCGCGAGACAUCUCCAGGCGAUCCGGGGAAUCACGGUUGGCCCUGCCCGAGGGGUAUCAUGAGCAGGAGCGAUAUCUUGUGGGUGUGUGUGUGUGUAUCGAAGCACCCUUGCUAUUGUGGAGAACGGCUGGGUCGCAUUUGCUGGGGUUCAUCCAUCGCCCCGUAUCCGAAGGAAGAGUCAAAGAUCGUUUUGCCAAUCCAAGUUUGUAUGUGAAGUAAUCACCAUCGAAAUUCCAUCCUCACUUCCGCUGACAGUGGGAUCCAGUGGUCGUAUGAGUGACCGGUGCGUACGUAUCUCACCAUCAGUCGUAGUGGGCCAGGGAAUAACGCUUGUAUGGAGAGGGAGAGGAAUCUCACAAUCCGACAGCUAUCCUUAUAGAGGCGCUCUUUGCCGUAGACGGACGCGGAACUUAGUUCUCCAAGCUGAUGUUGAAACCGAGGAACUGGCCCGAUUCAUAUGGAGAAGCGAUCUUUGUCUGUGUACAACAAAAAACCCAUGGAGUCCCGAAAGUGAACGACAAAAUUUGUCUGCAAACGUGGCCUGGAUUCGUAAAGAAUCAGCAAGUCUUCCAGGUAUACGAGGCAUCGCACGCCCAAAUUUACGGAUGUGUGCCCUCACUGGUUACAGUAGGUUCGCGAGCACCACGGAGUCGUAAACUGCCGUGUUUGUCCUCACCAUUGGAAUCGGAGGCAAACUUCGGCAGUCCAGGGCAACGGGUACUGACAAGCGUGCGUCCUUGAGGUCCAGAUGUGUAAACCAGUCGUUAUCGCCUAGGAGGUCUUGUAGAAGACAAAUUUCCUCCAUCUUGCAGCAUUUGUAUACCAUGUAGGAGUUCCAUUGAUGUAGUCUCCUGGCUUCUUCUUGACCAGGAAAAAUUUGCUGGGGAAGCCUUCCCCUCCGGUGCAUGUUGAAUUGCGCCCCUCCUGAAGAGGGUGCAGAUUUUCUUGUCCACGAGGCGUUCCUGUUCCGCCAGCGUGCGUAAUGGAGGUGAAGGGGCGACCUGCACGGCUGUGAUAAAACUCUAUGACAUAGCCUUGUACUGUCUGGAGAACCCAGGUGACUUUGGUAGUCGUCUCCCAAUUCUGUAAAACAGAGACAGGUUGCCGGUCAUAAUAUUGGAAACAGUUAGUUAUGUAGGUUGACACACUAGUAGAUGAAGCGGAUGGGUUCCUUUGUGUAGUAGAUGGGAGAAAUAUGAGGACCGUGUAUACGAUCUGGAACCUGUCGCCCAGAAGCGGCUGGUGGCUCGGUUCAGUUACCGACCAGUCCUCCCAGAAACACCUUUCCCCGUAGGGUUGUGGAAGACUUGUUUUAGCGAGGUCUGGGUUUAAUUUAGUGUGGUGAAUAAAUUCACAUGUUUCUUGAAUACUGCAAUGAACACUACGUCGAAUAGUAGGCCUUGUGCUUUUGGGACGAAUUCUUGUCGUUCCUAAGUCCAAUAGUGUGUUGUCGAUGCGGCCAAGUACAGAUUUGCGUCUGUCGGCGCAUAGUGCGUCAUUUACGUUGCCCAGGAGGCAUAUCGAGCAUUCUUUGGAGGUGGUAGGGUUGAGUUGUGUACCCUGGGGUAACUCGGUCUUGAGGCGUGCGCAUCCUUCCAUCCCCUGAGGGUUGCGCAGCCAAUAGUGUUCGUCCAGGAACGUUCCGUCUUCGGAUACUCUGGUUUAGUGCCGUUACAGUUAUCUCUGCCUCAGCCGCCGUCCCAGAGUAAGGUUUCCCUAACGUACUUCGAGGAAGUGUGGGGAAGGUCUUGCCGUUCCAUUUCCUCAGACGGUGAGCUGUCUUCGUGUUGCUCAUCUACCAUGUCCAAAGUACGUGGUGGGUAAUAGUCUUCUUUGUCGGAAGAUUGUGGCGGACGGGGUUUGGAUUCCCGGUGCUCCGCCUAUUUGGUCUGUUCGAUGGGCGUCUUGCCCUUGACCUUAGUGGCAGGGGGGCUGGAGCCCUUCCCUUGCCGUUUUGACUUGAAGGUUUGUGGGCCUGAGGUCUCCAUCAAGCGGUGUGGGGUAGAGUUCAUAACAGAACCUUCUCCACUGAGGCCGUUACUGUGGCGUUUAUUGUUGCCUAGAAAUCUUGGGAACGUUGAGAGUGUCCACCAUGACUCGUUCCCGUCCUGUUGUGAGAUAGUAUGAGGGUCAGCACAUAGGGGUGUUAGACUCCUGGUAGAACUGGGGAUCACCCAGGUAAAAACAGUUUGAAUUGCCUGCUUUAGUAUGUCUGAGAGUAUGAAUACUCGUGCCAAGUGUAGAGGGGUCACCUCUAUUAGUUUAAUCUGGCUACUGAGAGUCGUGGUGCAGGCGGUGACUGGUAGUGGUGUCGGUCUGGCUAGCCGGGUUCACCACAAAUGUACGCCAGAGCUGUAUGCACGGUUUUUAACUAUACAGGCUUUGUAUAUAGGCGCAUGGGGCCUGUCUCCAUAAGGUCUGCAGCCGCAGGACCCAUGUCUAUUAGGCUGGGUUCAUCCCAGGUGGUGUGCCAUGGUAACACAGAGGACACCCAUAUUAUAAUUAUUGGCACCUUACAAGCAUUGCAUGCAUAUCUGGGGGUCAUCCCAGGUGGUGUGCCAUGAAAAAUUACCCAGAGGACACCCACGUUCAAUAUGUACACUAGGCACAGUAAAUAUACAUAUAUGUAUCCCUGUAAAGGGUACACCACAAUACACUCAGUUUUCUUAGUGAUCCUGCCGUCAAAACGCAUCCGGCAUGGUACUGUUGCUUUAAUGUAAAACUGACAGGCAGUGUGGCGUAGGCCUCCGUGCAUAUGAUCGGGGUUCACCCCGGGUGGUGUGCCAUGGUAGCCCAGAGGACACCCACAUCAAAGGUAAUGGUCUGUCAGUGACCUUGCAUGCAUAUCUGGGGGGUCACCCCAGGUGGUGUGCCAUGAAAAAAUACCCAGAGGACACCCACAUAAAUUUGCACCGUCAGGUACAGUAAUAUAAUAUGACCCUCUGUAGGGUACAAUAAUAUAAUAUAAUAUGCCCUUUGUAGGGUACAGUAACACAAUAUGCCCUUCGUAGGGUACAGUGAUAUAGUUGAUCUUGUUAUAGGUACAGUAUAUGUUUUGUAUAACGACUGUGAUAUUGUAUGGCUUCACAAUAAUACAUAGAUUGUGUGCCUGCUCAACAUAUAAUCAUCCAGUGUAAGGCACCAUGAGAGAUAUAUCCAUGAGAAUAAAAUAUAAUAAUUGUAUCAAUAAAUGAAUGUGCCCAGAGAGGGGGACCCCUGAAGGGGUUAAUCCAGAUGCAGGGCGCGGUGAUCGGGUGAUUCCUGUAGGGUAUAGAAAUAUAGUAUGACCCUGUGCAGGGUAUAGUAAUAUGGUAUGACCCUGUACCUAACUCUGAUCUUGUGGAGAGUAUAACAGUAUAUAGUAUAACCCUAAUUGGGGUAUAUUAACUGGUAUGACCCUAAGCAGGGUAUAGAGACAUAGAGGUCUUGAGCUGGCAACAAAAAGGGGUGCUUGUCUCUUUUAAUGCAUAUAUUGUAAAUGGGCAGCACAGCAGGCAGGCACUGGGCAAAAUAUCACCUGCUACACUAAUACCCUCCCUAGUACACACUAGGGAGGGUAUACAGAUGUGGAGCCCGGCGGUCGGGUGAGUUACCGAUCCGCCGGGCAAGCGGGGAAGGCGGCCGUCCGGUAUCUCGCGAGCCGCGAGAUCCAAGAUGGCCUGCCGCCCGCGUGUGAAGGUGCGCCGCGAUCGACCGCGCGGCGCCGGAACGAAAAAAAGGGGGGAAACGCACACAGCACUGUUCCCAGUCCCCCUCCACCUGUCCCCCUACCGGCCCCCACGAAGAAAAACAGGAAACCGGCCCGCGGCGCGCGGCACUGACAGCCGUGCUCGCGGGUAUCGGCCGUGGAAAGUAAUAGGGGGGGGGCCUAAAACCGUGCAGGGACAGGGAUAAGGGGACCCGAAAAUAAACCCACGAAAAAUAAGUAAAUAAAAAACAGUAAAUUAAAACAAUACAGUAAAUGAAACAAUACAAUCAAAUAUAUAGUGAAAACAAAACCAAAAAUAUGUGAAAACAAAAAAAACAAUGUAUAUAAGCAAUUGCCAGAGAGGCAAAAUACUCUGACCUGAUGUUGGCUGGAGCAGCAAAGAAAGAGGAAGUGAUGUCAUAGACAGGGCCUUUUAUGGGCAUUAUAUCUUUUUUCUGAUUGGUUGUUUAUGUUACUAUGCUGCUGGAGUUUUGAGUAAAGAAAGAUAUGCAAAUAUGAAGCCUCCUGUCAUGUGGUAAAAUUAAAAUUAGAGACUGAUCAUUUAUUUGUCAGUGGACAAACAUUCAAAAUCAGCAGGGGAUCAAAUACUUGUUUCCCUCACUGUAUGUUUAUAUGGUAGGUGGUGUGACUUGGACAAUUAUAUUUUGUCUUCUUCCUCCUCUAGAGCCCUUUGAUUAAUAUUUUUCUGUUUGAUUGUAUAUUUUAUAAACAUGUGGCUGCUGGGUGUAAGAGGAGGACAUGUGGCUGUUGGGUGUGAGAGAGGGGCAUUGGGCUGCUGGGGAUGGGUGGGGGACAUGGGGCUGCUGUGUGUGGGUGGGGGACAUGGGGCUGUAAAAGAGAUGUAUGUAAUAUCUUGAUUUGUGUUUUCUAUGUUGAUUGAAAUAAGUCUUAUAUGUAUAUAUUUUGUUUGAUUAAAGGCUCAGCAGGUUAAUAUCUCUCUCUCUCUCAUCUUAUGAUUGUUAUAAAAUAUAUGCAUUUAUUCUACUUCAAAAGCAAACAAUAUACUUAACAGAUGGGAUUUAUUAACAUCACUACUGAGAGUGAAAGAUCUUUUUUAAGUAGUCGUCUUUGUAUCAACAAUUUAGGACACACCAGGAGAGGAGAAUGAAGAGGAGGAGAAGAGAACAUGGUCCUUUGUCCUCAGUUCUUUAUGGGCAAACAUACAUCAUGACUUUUAAUUUAGACUCUGGCCAUAUAAGGAAACUCCCCAUAAAAGGAUCCUAUCCCCAAACUUCCUUUAUAGCACAGUCCAAUGUCCUCAUGGUACAGAAUAGCAAACUAUCAUCUGUUCUUUUUUAACCCAUAGAAGCAAAUAUAAUAUGUGAUAUUCUACAAUAUAACACAAACAUUUAUCAAUAUACAUCUUUAAAUCUUGUUGACAAAUAAAAAUUAUGAGGGUUGUAGGUUAAAUUAGAAGUGUUUAACCCCUUAAGGACGCAGCUUCAGAAGCUGGACAUACCCUUAAGGACUCAAGCUAUUUUUGCAUUUUUUGCUGUUUGUGUUCAACUGCAAUUUGCAUCGCUCUCAUUUAUUCAAUCAACACAUAUUAUAUAUCGUUUUUUAAAGGACAAGAUGGGCAAGACUUAUACAUAUAUAAAAUCUAAUUUAUUAUUAAAAAACAUAAAAAAAAGAAAAAAAAUAUAUAUUUUUCACAGUUUUGGCAAUAAUAGUGUGUGUAUAAUAUGUCCAGCUUAGGAAAAGUAAUUCAAAAUAAAUUCAUUUAGGUUUCUUGUUUUUCAAAGUGCAUAAUAUGUAAAGGAUUUCAGCUUAUUUUAAAAGUUACAGGUCACAAAAUACAAGGAGUAAUAUAAAAUUUAAAUGUGAAAAAAAUUUAGAAGUUGGUAUGUUUGACUUGUAAGUUUGACAGCUGUCACAGAAAACAAAAUUGCUACACAAAAGUAUAUAUUUAAAUAAAGAAGACAUCACAGGCUAUUUAUUUAAGGGUAUUUUGACACUUUUUACAUAGCCUUUUUCCCACCAAUCUCUGCUACAUAUUGUAGUAAAAUUGUGUUUUUUCUGUUUUUUGAAAUACACACAUGUAACAAGGUUUUUUAAAUGUGUAUUUUGUAAAGCUGCUGUGUGCUAUUGCUGGUCAAAAUCCCAUUUUGUGUUCAGCAACAUCUGCUGAGUACAACAAUACCCCCAUUGUAUGUCUUUGCCACUAUUUUGGGAAGCUACAAUGAAAUAUAAGAGGCCAGACUAUUUCAGUUUCUACAGUUAGAAAAUUCAAAGAUGGAUUUAAUGGACCUAUGUCUUAUUUUGGGGCAUUAUAGUAGUUUGGUUGUUCAAAUGACCACACAAAGGCCUUCCAUUCGUGAAAGUAGACACUCCAUGGUAUCUCAUAUGGCAUAUAUUUUGCCUUAACGGUUCACCAUUUAUUCACCAUUAUAUGUCAAAAUUUGUGUUAAAAAAUAUUUUCCACAUUUUUUCCUUAAGCAUUACAUUUGUGCUGGGCAUUUUGUAUAUUUGAUAUGUUCCACUAUGGUCAAACACCCCUAAUUAUGCUCAGCUUAAUCUUCUGAGUAAAACAAUACCCCCAAUGUAUGUCUUUGACACUAUUUGGUGACGCUACAGUGCCAUAAAGGAGACCUGACCAUUUCAGUUUUUAGAGUAGAAUUUUGAGAGACGGAUUUGCAGGGCUUAUGUUUCAGUUUGGGCCAUUAUAGCAGUUUGACAGUUUCAAAAACCGCAAAAAGGCCUACCAUUUGUGAAAGUAGACACUCCAGGGUAUCUCAUAUGGCAUAUAUUGUGCCUUAACAUGUCGCCAUUUUUUCGCCAUUAUAUGUCAAAGUUUGUGGUAAAAAAAUAUUUUUUGCAGUUUUUCCUUAAGCAUUACAUUUGUGCUGGGCAUUUUGUAUAUUUGAUAUGUUCCACUAUGAUCAAACACCCCUAAUUAUGCUCAGCUAAGUGUUCUAAGUAAAACAAUACCCCCAAUGUAUGUCUUUGACACUGUUUGGUGAUGCUACAGUGCCAUAAAGGAGACCUGACCAUUUCAGUUUUUAGAGUAGAAUUUUGAGAGACGGAUUUGCAGGGUUUAUGUUUCAAUUUGGGCCAUUAUAGCAGUUUGACUGUUUCAAAAACCGCAAAAAGGCCUACCAUUUGUGAAAGUAGACAUUCCAGAGUAUCUCACAUGGCAUAUAUUGUGCCUUAACAUGUCGCCAUUUUUUCACCAUGAUAUGUCAAAGGUUGUGGUAAAAAAAUAUUUUUUGCAUUUUUAACUUAUGCGUUACAUUUGUGCUGGGCAUUUUGUAUAUUUGAUAUGUUCCAAUAUGAUCAAACACCCCUAAUUAUGCUGAGCUAUCUCCUGUGAGAAAAACGAUACCCCCAAUGUAUGCCUUUAGUCGUAUUUCCUGAUGCUACACUUCCAUAUAGGAGACCUGACCAUUUCAGUUUUUACAGAAUUUUAUAGGUUUAUGACUCAUUUUGGGUUCUAAUAGCAGGUUGCUUAUUCAAACUUUCCCCACAAAGGCCUACCAUUUUUUAAAGUAGACACCCCAGGGUAUUUCAAAAGGCCCAUUUUGAACCUUAGGGUGGAAUCAUUUUUUCGCCAGUGAGUACCAAGUCUAGUAGUAGUAAGCAUUUUCUCUGCCUUUUUGACACACACACUGAGAUUUUACUGCAUAGUUUGCAAUCCUUAGGUGUGCUACGGCAGUAUAACGCUUCAUAUGUCACUCAGCUAUGUCGUCUGAGUACAGCAAUACCCCUGUGUGUACCUUUCCCAGGUAUAUGUGGAUGUUGGAGGGGCAAAUUUGAGACUCGGCAAUUUCAGGUCUGUUUCAAACUUUGAAUUUUUACGCCGGGUCCAUGUCCCAUUUUGGGGCAUUUGACAGGUUGAGAAUUCAAACUUCCCCCACAAAGGCCUACCAUUUUUUAAAGAAGACACCCCAGGGUAUUUCAAAAGGCCCAUUUUGAACCUUAGGGUGGGAUCAUUUUUUCGCUAGUGAGUACCAAGUCUAGUAGUAGUAAGCAUUUUCUCUGCCUUUUUGACACAUACUUUGAGAUUUUACUGCAUAGUUUACAAUCCUUAGGUGUGCUACGGCAGUAUAACGCUUCAUAUGUCACUCAGCUAUGUCGUCUGAGUACAGCAAUACCCCUGUGUGUACCUUUCUCAGGUGUGGAUGUUGAAGGGGCAAAUUUGAGACUCUGCCAUUUCAGGUUUGUUUCAAACUUUGAAUUUGCAUGCUGGGUCCAUGUCCCAUUUUGGGUCAAACUCUGAGGCACUGUCUGUCACCUCUGAAUCCGCUGUCAGAAUUCUCUAACUGUACUUCCAAAGCAUUUUAAACUUUUUACACAAGAACUUUAACAAAACAAUGUUAUUUUAUUUUUUUGUUGUUUUUUUUUAUUUGUAUUUCUACCCCUAGCAUACGCACUAAACUCCCCAAUUUCCCAGGAACUAUCAUCCACCCCAAUUAACUAAAUAAAAGGUAAAAAAAAAAUUGUAUUGAGAAUUUAUUGGCUCUGAGUAUGAAAUAAUUUAAAACAGUUCCCAAUACAAAGGCCAGGCUGAGAGGGACAAUCAGGGCAGUAGAAACUGGUCUCCGUUCGAAUGCCUCUCUGGUAACACAGCCUGCACCUUUUCUGGGGGGUCUUUUUUUGGGGGGUUGGUGGUAUCCGAAAGCAGAAGUGACCUGUCUGAAUAUCUCUGCUGCUAGGCCCUGCUGAUGGCUCCCCACUGUGACACUCAGUGAGCAGCACAGAAAUGAGCUGAAACUGAAAUGUAAGAAAAGUACAUUUCAGCUGAGGAUUUGCCUUUUUGAAAAGGAUGAAUGCAUUGUGAGUAGCCAUUUGCAUUAAAUAAAUGCCCACUUUCUUAUACCAGGCCCUGGUCUUUCUCAUUAUCAGAUAUGGCUGCAGCAGUUGAUCAGACAGGUCAACUCCCCCAUGUGUUUAUUGUAUUGCUUAAUGCAGACAGGCAGCCGUCUUGUUUCCUGUCUGCCACGAACUGCGACCCUGCGUGUGUGUUCACUGUGCAUGGUAGUCAGUAUGAACACCUCCUUUUUGUCUCUGUAUUUCAGAGCCAGCAGUUCGUCCUGGCAUAGAGCAGCCGUUUCCCCCUUUUUAAUUUUUUUCUCUGCCAGAGCCUUGGGGAAGCCAGUGCGUGUCUUGCGGAUAGUGCCGCAGACCACAGUCUCAAAACAAUAUAGCAUUUUUUGGAGGGGUAUGCUAUUGUAGUAAUUAUCAAGGUAGAGGUGGUACCCCUUGUUCAGUAGCGGGUUCAUUAGAUCCCAAACUAUUUUUCCGCUAGUCCCAACUACAUCAGGGCAACCUGGGGGAUCCCGGUGGCUAUCUUUACCUUCAUAUAUUCUGAAGGUAUAAACAUACCCACUGCUACUUUCACAUAACUUGUAUAGCUUGAUGCCAUACCGGGAUCUUUUGGCUGGGAUGUAUUGCUUAAACCCCAGUCUACCCUUGUAUUUCAUUAGGGACUCGUCAAUACAUAUAUUCUUUUGGGGAGUAUAAAUUAUGCCAAAUUCUUUAUUAAAAUGGUUAAUUAGGGGGCGGAUUUUAUAGAGUUUGUCAUACUGCGGAUGAUCUUUGGGGUGGCACUUCGAAUUAUCAUUGAAGUGCAGAAAACGCAGUACUGUUUCGUAUCUGGGCCUACUCAUGGUCUGAGAGAAAAUGGGAGUAUUGCAUACUGGGUUUUUGGACCAGUACAUUCGGAUGCUGGGCUUUUUUAUAAUUCCCAUUAGCAUGGUUGGUGCCCAGAACUGUUUUAACUCUGGCACACUGGUGGGGUACCAGCUCCCUUUUGUGGCAAGGUGACUUGUUGCAUUGUGUGCCAGAUACUGCGCUGCAUAAAUAUUUGUUUGUGUAGCUAUCUGCCCUAAAAAAUCAUCCCCAAGGAACAGCUCCAUAAAAUCCUGGGAGUUAUAGCUGGUCACGUCUCCCUGAAUACCAGGAGUCGCAGUGAACAGAGGGAUGUCGGGGACAAAAUUGUUAGGGGGCACCCAGAUAUCAGCGCCAGGAGCAGUGCCAGGGGUAUCGUCACUUUCUUCAUCUGUGUCUGGCACAUAGUCACCCUCUGCACUCUCUGAGGCAGUGUCGGUUGCCUCUGAGUCGGCUGCUAAUAUAUUAUAUGCCUCCUCGGCACUAAACUUUCUAAGCAUGGUGAAAGCUUAAAAUUAACUUUAACUAAAUAACGUAUUUUUUGUUUUGUUUUUUUAACUUUUUUAUACUUUUUUUUGUUUUCUGAAUUUUUUUAAUCCUUUUUUUAUUUUUUUAAAACUCUUAAAAACUUUCUAAAACUUCUAAAAACUUUUUUAAAAAUGAACCCCUGUGGGUAAAAACAGGAAUCAGAUCACCGUGCUUACACCUAGCGAAACAGAAAUGCUUUGACUUAAAAUAAACUACUUUUUUUUUUCUCUUUUUUCCUUUUUUCACUUUUUUUUUAUACUUUUAUAAACUUUUAAUAACUUUCUAAAACUUUUCAGCUUCCUAGCUACACUAAUGCUAGAUUCCCCAAUUCCCCCUAGCUUCAAUCCACCCCAGUUAACUAAUUAACUGAAAAUAAAAGUAAAACAAAAAUAAAUAUAUUUAACCCCUGAGGGUUAAAAAGAAAAUAAAGUUAACCCCUGAGGGUUAAAAAAAAACUCUGAUCUCAGUAAAGUACUGUGAUCAGUAUUGUGAUCACUGCUGCCAGUGAUCAAAGGGUUAAACUUUUAAAGUUAAAGGGGGUAAAAGGUUUUUUUUAAAACUUUUAAACACUUUAUGUCUGUCAGGGACACAAAGUUUCAAACGAUCCGUCUCUCUCCACUUCUAAUCACACACAGAGGUGGAGGGAGGAGGAUCAGAAUUCCCAGCAGCACUGUGAUCGCUGUGACUGGCUGUCACAGCGAUCACAUGUGCUGGGCAGCACUAUUGGCUGUUGCUGGGCUUCCUCAAACGCCGAGGCACCCAGCAACAGCGUUAACCCCACGAUCGCCGCAAUCGCGGCGAUCUGGCGUUAACUUUAGUAAUUGACGGAAAUUUUCCGUCAAGCGUCCUUAAGGGUAGGUCUGCCUUGACGGAAAAUUUCCGUCCAGCGUCGUUAAGGGGUUAAACAUAAAUCAAAUGGCUUUUGAAAAUGAGUCAUGGCCACCUGCUAUGCAUUAUGAUGGCGGUAGUUCUAUAUCAGAUUAUUUCAAAUGACUGUCCGCUUUGUAGUUCUAGGAAUUGAAUUUGGGUUUGGCCACAUAUCUAAGCAGUAAAAUUGUGUACAACCCUAGUUUUGUUUCUUUUUUUAUUUUAUUUUUGUCCACAAAAUUUAAAGCUGUAUAUUAAUUAAGGUUAGUGUUAAAUCUGUACAGAAGAUAGGAAAUUAGGUAUCCUGCUAGUGUACCUACAAUGAAGGACAAAACAUAAAAAAAAAAAUGUUAGUAUAAUAUAGUGAUUUUAUGCACUCACAAAUUCCAAGUUGUUAGAGCGUUUUAUAGGUGCCUCCCCACAAUGUGGAUGGUGAGCUCCCUCCUCAGGUGAUAGCCAAGUGGGUACCUGGGCCAGCGUGAUGGUCCAAAAACUCCAGCCAAAAGGAUACUCCAAAAAGCAAUUUAUUCACACAUAAAAUAAGGAGGUAUGCGAAAGCAUAAAAACAAGUAUAUAAAACGUCCACAGGUCCUACGCGUUUCGUCCUUAUUCAAAGGACUUCCUCAGGGACCACUUUCUAUAAAACAAUCAGUAAACAUAUAGCAAACCAAAAGGCAAUCUAAAAACGCUCUAUACCUAAUCAUUUUAAAUAGGGCUAAUCCCUUCAAGUCCAUUGGUGUCUUCCCUCUUGCGGUUUCUUACUUGCUCGCUGAUCUUCUCUUUCAGGUGUAGCUGCUUUACCGAUAAUAGGGCACUUCUUCCGUAUCAAUCUCGUUUACUUCCGUGUUCGCCACUUGUCACAUGUUCGUCAUGUGUCCGACAUGCGUUCCACGUCGAUCUUCUAAAACAUGGCUGUUCGUUCCAGUUUACUGAUAAUGUGUAUAGCAACCCAAACUCCCCCUUCUGUUGCCAAGGGGAGUAAUUUUCUGAAGAUCUAGACGAGAGGGCUAUUAAAUAUAUGUCUACCAUAGUUAUAUACAUAAAUCAGUGAAUCCUUUAUGUUAUUAAACAAAAAUCAGCAGCUACACCUGAAAGAGAAGAUCGGGGAGCAAGUAAGAAACCGCAAGAGGGAAGACACCCACUAUUCCACCAAUGGACUUGAAGGUAUUAGCCCUAUUUAAGAUGAUUAGGUAUAGAGCGUUUUUAGAUUGCCUUUUGUCUCAGGUACCCAAUCGGCUAUUACUUGAGGACCCAGACCAUAAUACCUGGGGCAGGGUUGGAGCUUUUAAAAUUGAGUAAUGGAACAGGCAUUCCGGGUGCCCCAUCUCCCCUAUCCUUUUUAUCAUGGUGUUGCAACCACUGCUGCAAAGUAUUCAGUCCCACUCAAAUAUAAAAAGGGUUCAAAAUCACAAGUGAGGAGUUUGUGGUCUUCACUAAUGCAUAUGAUCUAUUGGUCACCCUCCCCGAACAACAAUAUUCACUUCCUUUAUUUGGAUCCCUACAUCAGACAGACUUUUUCUCCUUGAGAAAAAAAAUCAGUAGAGGUAACCAAUAAAUGUACAGCAUGAACAAUUAGUCUAGGGUGCAAAGGGUAUUGGAUACCACCCCCUCUAGUGGUAUAUUAAAGGGACACUAUAGUCACCUAAAUUACUUUAGCUAAAUAAAGCAGUUUUAGUGUAUAGAUAAUUCCCCUGCAAUUUCACUGCUCAAUUCACUGUCAUUUAGGAGUUAUAUCACUUUGUUUCUGUUUAUGCAGCCCUAGCCACACCUCCCCUGGCUAUGAUUGACAGAGCCUGCAUGAAAAAAAUUAAAAAUAAAUAAAAUUAAAAAAAAAACUGGUUUCACUUUCAAACAGAUGUAAUUUACCUUAAAUAAUUGUAUCUCAAUCUCUAAAUUGAACUUUAAUCACAUACAGGAGUCUCUUGCAGGGUCUAUCAAGCUAUUAACAUAGCAGGGGAUAAGAAAAUCUUAAUUAAACAGAACUUGCAGUAAAGAAAGCCUAAAUAGGGCUCUCUUUACAGAAAGUGUUUAUGGAAGGCUGUGCAAGUCACAUGCAGGGAGGUGUGACUAGGGUUCAUAAACAAAGAGAUUUAACUCCUAAAUGGCAGAGGAUUGAGCAGUGAAGCUGCAGGGGCAUGUUCUAUACACCAAAAUUGCUUCAUUAAGCAAAAGUUGUUCAGGUGACUAUAGUGUCCCUUUAAUAAUCAUACAAUUGAAGAAAUACCUGCACUCCCAAAAUUGAUGGAAAAAAAUAAAUAAAUCAAAUUUCAUUGCAAUACAUACAUAAGAAUAGUAAAUCCGAAUACAGCUAUAUACACCUCUAAUAUCAGCAUGUAUUUCAAUCGACAUGGCAAAUAUGCAUCUUUCAAAUACAUGUAGUAAAAUAGUUGAUCAAAUAGCGAAUUAUCCACACAUAUAUAAAAUAGGUAAUUGAUGCACAGUACACUACCUAACAAGUGGACAGAGCUGGACACCCAACGUUUCAGCUAUGGAACCUUUAUCAAUGGUGAUUUCUAGUCACCAAACUCAAGCAAUCUAAAAUAGGCGGUAAUACAUUAUACAACACCCACACUGAGCCCAAAUGAAUUAAACACACCUGAAAUUCCUGCUAGUCACAGUAAACCAAACUCAAAAGUUAGAGAUUGUCAUGUUGUCAUAGCAACAGAACACACUGAUUGAUAUACGCAUAUUUAAAAGGUAAAUCAUUGUAACAGUCAGGUUGUGAACACCAGGGUCAAACUCAAUAUAACAUAACAAUUAAACUUCAUCCUAUAAAUAAUAAACCUAAUAAACCCCGGUUCCAAAUCUGAGAAUGUGUAACAACAAUUGUGCGUGCCACAAUGACGGAUUUGUAACAGAAGCCCCCAAUGGCCAAAAAAAGCUCAUGGUGCAUAAGUUAUCCGGUGUUGUUACAAUCCCAAUAGCAUGUCCCGUCCCGACAGAAUCAAACACACAUCUACAGGGCAAAUACCCUGCUACAUCCUUUGGACAGGUUAACCCCUUGUUCUUGUGUUAUCAAAAUAAACACCUUGUCACUCAAUAGACCCAUGGCCCGCUGUGUGACUUCAAUAAAAAAAAAAAUACAUAAAAAAAAUAUCACUAAUAGAUAAUCAAGAAUAUUCAAAAAUAGAAAAAAAAAAUGAAUCAAUCAGAAAAUAAUAAAAAAAACAAAAAAAAAACAGAGAUACUGUAACAGGUAAUGGAAUAAUACAAAUAAAAAUGAGCAAUAAAAAUAAUAUAAACAAUAGAAAUAAAAUAAGACUGACAAAAUAAUAAAAAUAACAAAAAUGUAAAUACAUGUGAAAAAUAAAUCUAUGAAAAAUAGAGGGAAACAAUAAAAAUUGAAAUUACUAAAUAAUAAAAUUAAAAUAAAACAAAAAUCUGAAAAAUAAAUAAUAAUUGAAGUCUAGAUAAGCUUUAUAUGUGUGUGUGUAUGUAUAUGUGUAUAUAUAUACAUAUACAUAUAUAUAUAUAUAUAUAUAUAUAUAUAUAUAUUUGAGCAAAAUUAUAAACACAUUUUUUUUUCUUGCCCCCAUUUUUUCAUGAGCUGAACUAAAAAACCUUUUCUAUGUACACAAAAGGUCAGUUCAGCUCAAAUAUUGUUCACAACUAUGUAAUAUGUAAUAUAAUCUAUACACCUCACAGGUGUGGCAUAUCAAGAUGCUGAUCAGACAUCAUUGUUACUGCAAAGGUGUGCCUUAGGCUGGCCACAAUAAAAGGCCAGUCUAAAAUGUGCAGGUUUACUGUAUUAGUGAGGUCCGAAAGCCAAUCAGUAUCUGGUGUGACCACCAUUUGCCUCACACAGUGCAACACAUCUCCUUCACAUUGAGUUGGUCAGGUUGUUGAUUGUGGCCUGUAGAUUGUUGGUCCACUCCUCUUCAAUGACUGUGCAAAGUUGCUGGAUAUUGGCAGGACCUGGAACACGCUGGCGUAUAUGCUGAUCCAGAGCAUCCCAAAGACGCUCAAUGGGUGACAUGCCGGUGAGUAUGCUGGUCAUGCAAGAACUGGUAUGUUUUCAGCUUACAGGAAUUGUGUACAGGUUCUUGCAACACGGGGCCGUGCAUUAUCAUGCUGCAACAUGAGGUGAUGGCCGUCAAUGAAUGGCACAACAAUGGGCCUCAGGAUCUUAUCACAGUAUCUUUGCACUGGGUGACGUGGUUAGGCGGGCAACAAAUGUUCCUCUCACCUUUUCCAAUGGCUUUGUGCACUGGAAACAUUACAGAAAGGUUUUGAAUACAGUUCUAUGCUCACUUAAGUGCUACUUCAGGUGAAUUGGGUGCACUUAACAUAUAUGGGAAGCUGCAUCUAGGUCUUCAUUAUGUGUUGUCACAGGAGCAGUCAUAAAACGUUGCUCUGGUACUAUACCACACCUGUUAAGCUACAUAAAGUGGUAAAAACUAUUGUCAUAGGUAAUGUCCUAAAUUACAUGUGUGUGUUUUUUUUUUUUUUUUGGGUGUGUUUUUAUUUAUUAAUCUUUAUUUUAUUUCAUUUUUAUUAUUUAAAGGGGAGGGGAAUUCCAGGUCUUUAAGCUGCAGGGUUGCAGGGCUGUAAAGAUGGGUUGCAUGUUUCUUUACGCAUGGUCUUUUCUGCUUGCACCAAAAGCAUUAUUUGGUUCUAUUUUGUUUAUUCUAUUAAUUUCAUUAUGCCCUCGUCAUCAGCACAUUACAGGCUAGUCUUUUACAUUUUCUUUCAACACAAUUAUGUUAACUACCAGAUUGAUUCUGGACUCAGAAAAAAAAACAGGAUGAUUACUCUAUUGACUGGAUUAGUUGAAUAGUGGUAAAAUUAACAUAUUACCAAAAAUUUUAUAUUUAUUAAAACAUAUUCAUGUGAUAGCUGAUGUCAUGGCUAGCUUACACUUUGCAUUUUACUAUUUAUGUAUUUUUUAUAUAUACUAUAAUGCACAUUGUUUCCUCUAAAGUGAUGUAGUCUUCUAGGGAAAAUGCUGGAUUAACCCUACCUAAUUGUCUUCUAUAUUACUACACAACACAACUAGCCCUCAUUGUAGCCUGGAACCUGUAGAGUGUAAGCAGUUGGCUGAUCUAGAGGCAUACUUGGUGAGCCCUGACAUACUGUGAUGUGUUAAAAAAAAAAAAAAAAAAAAAAAACAUGUAAGGUCUAAUGGUACAAAUACCUGUCUUUGCAUACAAUAUCCAUCCAUGCACAUUUCUUUUCCAAUGUGAGACUCAAUUUAAUUUUUUUUAAAAAGUCUUAUCUCCUCAUUGUCUCCAGAGCCUUCCCACCUGGUUUAUACGUCAUUUUCACAACCUUGAGGAGCCGGAUUUACUUUGUCCUCCAGGGUAGUAAUUGGAUGGUUUAAUUACAGGCUGGGAUAUAGAUACACACAGAUUUCUUAGGAAUGUUAGUUAAUACUGUCUUGACAUCUUGACAUCUUUUGAAACAUUGUGUACCAGACAGGUUUCACAGGACUGUCUUAUUUUGAGUAUUUAUUUGGCAUUGUCUUUACGCACCAGAAAAGUGCCAACUCAAAUACAUGACACAUUGGUAGGAUUUACUGGGCGGGACUUUAUGGGAUGGGGACAUUUUCACAAUGAAAAUUAGCAUCAGAGGUCUCUGUAUCCAAUUGCAGGCACACAUGUACACAAUAUUAUUGAGAUGGCAUAGAACCCUAGUCAUGCUUUAUCAAAUAAGACAUUUGACGUUAAGUCGUAUGUGUGAUGGUCAUGUCUAAAAGGGAGGACAUUAAUGACUUAUUGAAUAUAAUUUUUCAAAGACAUUAUAGAAUUAGAUUCUGGGUUUGCCUGUUAUUCCAGCCUAUGGAGGGGUUCACUAACUGCAUGCAUGCUUUUCAAUAAAUGUAUCUCCGUAACCUACGAGGCACUUGCUGCUUCAUUGUUAAAACUCAUCCCCCUUCCUCUAGUUAUAGCCAGAAUUAAAGAUAAUAAAUUGUUGAACAAAUUAACGGUCCUAGUACGCAACAGUCUGUGUUUCAUAAAUGUGGGACAGUUUUUGGAUGAAUUUUAUUGGAGAGUAACAAUGUGUCAAGUCAGAAACUUUUUCUUUUGUUGGAUGCAUUAUUUAAUGUAUAUUAACCCCUUAAGGACACAUGACAGAAAUAUUCCCUCAUGAUUCCCUUUUAUUCCAGAAGUUGUGUCCUUAAGGGGUUAAAUGUGCCUACUAUUUUUGUGAUACAUAUAAUUAGAUUUUUUUUUUUAAUUGACCAAGAACUUGUAUUGACAAUCUUCUAAUUUGAUUGUUCUAAAUUAUAUGCAAUGUUAGUUGUACACAAAUCAUAUCCUGCCAACAUUCUAAUUCUGUAAAAUAGAAGCUGUGGCUUUCAACCAGAUAUUGAUGUAGAAUAACUUGUAAUCCCUUAAGCAGAGUUAGUUUUAUGUUUUAAACUACAGUACAAAAUCUAUAAAAGGAAAAUGUAAUGCUUUUGUACCACUAAAAUUAUUUUCUUCCUCUAGUGUCCCUUCAGAAGAAUAUAUUUUACUUGUCUGUGAUAUACAGCAGUUGCUGAUUGCUGUUACAAUACAUUCCUGCAGUUCCUCUGGAUCUCAGUAUUUUCGAAUUAUUGAAGAUCUAAUCAUAUUACUUGGAUAUCUCAAUGAGAGCAAAAACCAAAGGAUACAAAGUAAGACUUUAUAUAUCCGAACAUUGUGAACUGAUUUAAAUUGUGCAUAGCUCUUGUGCAUCAAAUCAACGGUUAUAUAUAUAUAUAUUUAUAUAUAUAUAUAUAUAUAUAUAUAUAUAUAUAUAUAUAUAUAUAUAUAUAUAUAUAUAUAUAUAUAUAUAUAUAUAUAUAUAUAUAUAUAUAUAUAUUUUAAAAUAUAUAUAGGAAUUUAAAAUGUUGCCCUCAGAGGCUAUAUGCAUGUAUUAAAUGAACACUGUAGGUGGAGAUGUAGCUUUUCUAAUGCAUAUGAUAGAUGGACACUACACUACAAAAGAUUGAAUUUAAUCAGAUACACAAAUGAAAUUGUGCAAAUCCCUCCCCCCCCUCCACCCCCGCCUCCUUCACCCUUGUUUUGGGGAGUAAGAUAUCAACCAGCUUCCAGUGUAGAGGCUGGUUGAUGAUCGAUCAGCAUGAAGUAUAUUAUUCUCUUAGAGAGUCCUGUGUUUCAUGCUGUCAGUACAUCUCAACAGAUGUAAAAUAUAAUGGCAUUUAAGUUUGUAAUGCUGUCUAUCCUGAUUGCAAACACAAAUACAGGUUAUUACUAGAAAUAAUUUUAAUUUAGCAGGGUUACCUUUGUUAAAGGACCACUAUAGUGCCAGGAAAACAUACUCGUUUUCCUGGCACUAUAGUGCCCUGAGGGUGCCCCCACCCUCAGGGUCCCCCUCCCGCCCGGCUCUGGAAGGGGGAAAGGUGUUUAAACGUACCUUUUUCCAGCACUGGGCGGAGAGCUCUCUGCCUCCUCUCCUCCUCCGAUCCUCCUCCUGGGCUGAAUGCGCACACGCGGGAAGCGCUGCGCGCGCAUUCAGCCGGUCGCAUAGGAAAGCAUUUACAAUGCUUUCCUAUGGACGCUUGCGUGCUCUCACUGUGAUUUUCACAGUGAGAAGCACGCAAGCGCCUCUAGUGGCUGUCAAUGAGAUAGCCACUAGAGGAUUAGGGGGAAGGAUUAACCCAUUCAUAAACAUAGCAGUUUCUCUGAAACUGCUAUGUUUAUUAAAAAAUGGGUUAACCCUAGAAGGACCUGGCACCCAGACCACUUCAUUAAGCUGAAGUGGUCUGGGUGCCUAGAGUGGUCCUUUAAACUGCAGUUUCAUAGCCAAUGAGGAAGUACAGCUGUAAGAGCAAAUUGGGAAAGCUGAAAAUCGGGGUAUGACAUUAAUUAUUGGAAAUUUUAAUUAUCCGGACAUAAAUUGGGAUAGAGUGUCUAGUACUUCAGCAAGGGGAAUCAGGUUUUUUAUGUGUUAAAUGACACCUUUAUGUCACAACUGAUACAAGCAUCAACUAGAAAGGAUGCUUGUCUGGAUCUCGUUUUAACAAACGAUGUUGAUCUUUUGACCAACAUUCAAGUAGGGGAGCAUUUGGGAAAUAGUGAUCACAAUAUGGUAAUUUUUGAAAUAAACUCAAACAAAGCAAAAGCAUGUGGGAUAUAUUAAAACAUAUCAUUUUUAAAAAGCCAAUUUCAAUAAGAUUAGGGCAGCUCUACAACAUAUCGACUGGCAUAAACUCCUUAGUGAUAAAAAACACAGAGGAUAAAUGGAAACUAUUCAAACAAAUAUUGGAAAGGUACAUUUUUCAGUAUGUACCAUUGGGUAAUGUAAAAGAAACAAAUUAAAACCAAUGUGGCAUAGUAGAGAAGUAAAACAAGAGAUUACAAAUAAGAAAAGGGCAUUUAAAGCAUUUAAAUCAGGCAAAUCAAAGGCAUCCUAUUUAAGAUAUAAGGAAGCCAAUAACGCUUACAAAAAGGCAAUUAAAGUGACUAAACCAGAAAAUGAGAAAUUGAUAGCCAAAGAAUGCAAAACCAACCCCCAAACUUUUUUCACGUACAUCAAUUCUAAAACAAAAACAAAAAUGAAAAUGAAAGUGUAGGUACACUGGAAACAGAGAUGGGUCUGUUAGCUAAUGAAAACCAGGACAAGGCAUACAUUUUAAAUAACUAUUUUUCUUCAGUAUAUAUUACUGGAGAUCCUAUGGCAAGACAUAUGCAAAUGAUUGCUGCAAAAAAAAAAAAUGCAGAUAACUUGUGAUUGGAUAACUCGAGACAAGGUGCUACAGCUGUUAAAUAAAAUUAAUGUAAAUAAAGCUCCAGGGCCUGACGGUAUUCACCCACAAGUAGUUAAGGCGCUAAGUGGGGAAAUAAGUGAACCAUUGUAUUUAAUUUUUCAAGAUUAUUUUGUUUCAGGUAUUGUACCGGAGGAAUGGAUGAAGUCAGAUUUUGUUCCUUUAUUUAUAAAGGGUUCAAAAUCCUUGCUGGAAAUUAUAGACCUGUGAGCAUAACUUCUGUGACUGGGGAACUAAUUAAAGGGCUACUAAGGGAUAAUAUUCCAGAAUUCAUUUUGGAGAACUUUGUUAUUAGCAAUAAUCUGCAUGGUUUUAUGAAACAUAGGUCAUGUCAAACUAACCUAAUUACAUUCUACAAAGAAGUAAGGAGAAGUAGAGAUCAGGAUGUUGCAAUGGAUGUGAUCUACUUGGAUUUUUCCAAGGCAUUUGAUACGGUUCCUCACAAUAGGUUAGUCUUCAAACUAAAAGAAAUUGGUCUAGAUGAUUAUUCUUGUUCUUGGGUAGAACAUUGGCUGAAGGAUAGAGUAUGAGUUGUCAUUAAUCAUACAUUUUCAGGCUGGGCAGGGGUGAUAAGUGACCUCAGGGUUCUGUUUUGGGACCACUUCUAUUAAACAUAUUUAUAAAUGAUCUUGAAAUUGGAAUUGGAAGCCUUGUUUCAGUGUUUGCAGAUGAGACAAAACUUUGUAAAGUAACAAAAUGUAAGCAGGAUAUUGCUUUGCUGCAGAGGGAUUUGGAUAUAUUGUGGGACUGGGCACUAAAAUGGCAGAUGAAAUUGAACGUAGAUAAAUUAAAAGUUAUGCACUUCGGGGUCAAGAAUGCACAAGCAACUUACACCCUAAAUGGUAGUGAAUUAGGGAUAACCACACACGAGAAGGAUUUGGAAAUUGUUAUAGACAACAAUUUAGGCAGCAAUGUCAAUCUGCAGUUGCUAAGGCCAGUAAGAUUUUGUCAUGUAUAAAUAGGGGCAUCAAUUCUCGGGAUGAAAAUAUAAUUUUGCCUCUUUAUAAGAUAUGAUAUAAGAUAUCAUGGCACUAGAAAAAAGUUCAGAGAUGAGCUACAAAAUUGAUAAAAAGAAUGAAGCAUUGUAGUUAUGCAGAAAGGUUUAAAAAAAUAAAUAAAUCUCUUUUGUUUGGAAAAAAACAAUGCCUCAGAGGGGAUAUGAUAACAUUAUACAACUAGAAAAGCUACAAUUUCUGGGGAAAUUGUGUGAAGUGUUCUUGCCUCCACCAGUAGUCUACAACUGGAGUGGGCAGAGUAACUGUUAUCAUUUAUAUAGCACAUUUAAUUGCAAUGUUGUUGCACAGUUACAUUAAACCAUACAUUUAUAAAAACAUUAGCAGGUGUUCAAAAGGCCCUGUCUAUGACAUCACUUGCUGCUGCAGCCUGGCACAGGUCAGUGUAUUUUGGCGGUUGCCAUCUUCAAACGGUCGUAUUUUAAAAACUAUAAAUCCUACAGCGAAGAGCUUUAUAUUGUGAGAAUCACAAGACCCAGACCUACAUUUUGAUGCAUAGUAUGUCACUGAAGUAUUAAAAAUGAAGGCACAGUCACAGUUUAGAAAUUGCACUUCAAAUUUGAGCUUUGUAGAGUGAAGUUUCAAUGAAUGUCAAUGGACGGCGUUAGUUGCAAACAAAUGAUUAUAUUGUGAAAACUAUCAGGACUAUGGCUUAGCCGUUGACAUGUUUAGUGACAGCAGGGAUAGCUGAACAUUUUGAUAUAAGAUUUGUGUAGGUGGGCCUGAAAAUAAGGGAGUGGUGGCAGUUUAGAAAUCAUGUCCUGAUUUUUCAGCUUUUGCCAGCUCCCACUCUAGCUUUGCUAUUCAUUCCUAUGGGACAAAUUGCGCCACAAGAACGACAAUAUUCCGUGAACCAUUCGGCGAAACGUUCCACAAAGUAAUAGCAAUCCGAUCGGGAACAAUCUGCACGUUUUGGUACAUUUUUGUCUAUGUAGUGUAAAAAGUGUGGGAGGAGUUAGGGUGGCAAAUUUGGCUAUAAUAAGAAUAAUAUAUAUGUGAGAUAACAAUAAGUGGUCUUGCUAUGCAAGAACACUUAAUAAUAUAUAUGUGAGAUAACAAUAAGUGGUCUUGCUAUGCAAGAACACUUAAUAAGAAUAAUAUAUAUGUGAGAUAACAUUAAGUGGUCUUGCUAUGCAAGAACACUUAAAUAUUUUCAAGGCCAGUAUAAACCAUUAUCUAGAAAUCUAUUAAUGAACAGGGCUAUGCAUAUAGAACACAAGGUCACACAUUUAGGCUGGAAGAAUAAAAAAAAAAAUAAUAAUAAUAAAAAAAAUUACAGUGAGAACAAUACGGAUAUGGAAUUCUCUGCCUGAAGAGGUGGUUUUAUCAGAGUCCAUAAAGCUCUUAAACUGCAAUUGGAUAAAUACUUGCUAAAACAUAACCUAAAGGGAUACAAUUUCUAAUUUCCUAAAUGCUUGAUCCAAGGAGACAUCUGACUGCUAUUUUGGGGUCAAGAAGGAUUUUUUUCCUAGUUGGUUGCAAAAUUAGAAGCACCUUUCGGACUGGGUUUUUUGCAUUCUUUUGGAUCAAAAGCUAAAACAUAUGUGAGGAAGGCUGAACUUGAUGGAUGGAAGUCUCUUUUCAGCUAUGCAACUAUGUAACUAAGUGCACUCACAAUGAUUGGCUUUGAAAUUGCAGUUUAGUAGAGGAAACACUGCUCAGGCAAUUAUGAUUUCUGAUAUUAACCUGCAUUACUUUUUGCAAUUAGUAAAGUGUCUUGGAAAAUCAAAUGCCUCACAGACCAGAACCACACACCAACAGGCAGUCACACAGAAAGGUUCUCCAAGCCCCUACAUUCCCUAUCACAAGCAGAGAUCAAAGACUACCCCAUGCCACAGAUAUAGAUCAUAGACCCCACGUUCCCCUUUGCAGCUUUUGGUGUUUUGUUUUUUCUCUCAUCUUUAAUCCAAAAGGACUGACGCAAGAAGUAACUCUAAGGGGCCGGGAGGCACUAAGAACAGGGGAGGGAAGGGAAAUGUAACACUAAGGAGGGGGGGGGAGGGACACACCAAUAAAAGAGAGGGAAGGGAGGGGAGUUGAACACUAAAAGUGGCAGAAAGGAACACUAAGGGGGGGACCACUAAGACUGUGAAGGGAGGGAAGAUGACCACUAAGGGAGGUGGGGGGAGUGAGGAACACUAAGGUACAGGGGUGGGAGGGAAGAUGAACACUAAGGAACAUGAACGGGGAGAGGAACACUAAGGGACAUGGGUGGGGGGGCACUGAAUGAGAGGGAAGGGAGGAGAGAGUGACUCUAAGAAGGGUUAUGGGGGCUACUAAGGGACAAGGAAGGGAGGAGAGGGGAGAGGAACACUAAGGGACAGGAAUGGGGGGAGAAACACUGAGAGACAGGGGAGGGAGAGAAACACAGAGACGGGAGGAAGAGAAACACUGAGAGACAGGGGAGGGAGAGGAACACUGAGAAACAGGGGAGGGAGAGGAACACUGAGAAACAGGGGAGGGAGAGGAACACUGAGAGACAGGGGAAGGAGAGGAACACUGAGAGACAGGGGAAGGAGAGGAACACUGAGAGACAGGGGAAGGAGAGGAACACUGAGAGACAGUGGAGGGAGAGGAACACUAAGGGACAGGUAAGAGAGGGGGAGAGGACCACUAAGGGACAUAGAGGGAAGGGGGGAGGAACACUAAGGUAAUUGGAGGGGACAGUGGCAUACAUGGGGGUCUGAGUGGGGAGAAAGACACACAGGUGGACAGAAGGGGGGUACACGCAUGGUUGUGAAUAGAUGCUCAUAGGGCUGGUGAUGAAAAAGACAGAGGUGGGCUGGAGAAGAGCAAAAACAGACAAAGUGGGGAUAGAGGGAGAUAGAUGGGCUAUGGGUGAAAGAGAAACACACAAAGGAGCUGGGGAAGAGUAAAAGACACAAAGGGUCUGGGAGAGGAGGAGACACACAGGGCUGGGGGAGCAAGACACACAAAGGAGGGUUGUAAGUAGGGCCGACCUAAGGUAUUCAUGCGCCCUGUGCAAGCCAAUCUUGUGGCGCCCCCCUCCAUGCCAUAUUUGUUUGACCCCCUCCAGACCAUUUCAGGCACAUUCACAGUCUGUUACCUGCACCCCCUUCAACAAAACCCUGCCACCUUAAUCUGCCCCACUUUAUCACCCGUCCCCUGCCCCCUGUUUAUAACUAGCCCCCUGCCCCCUUUAUCACUAGCCACCUGCCUACUUCAAUUAAACGCAAUAGUAUAUAUAUAUAUAUAUAUAUAUAUAUAUAUAUAUAUCUAGCAAAACGGACAAACACUUACAUUAGAGGCUGCUGCUCCCUGGAUCCAGCUGUCAGUUUUUCCCACUCUGCCUGACGCACCGACUGAAGAGCACCUGCUGCCCUGACACCCACUGAGCGGAUCCUUCCGAUGACGUGCCCUCACGCUCCUCCUGCAUUCCAAUUCGGGCAGGUUUGUCAGUGACCGACUGUGAGCUGUGUUGGCCACCUGGCACCUCUGUUGCCAUAGUACCUUGUGCGGCCGCACAGCUCACACACCCCAAAGGCCGGCCCUGGUUAGAGUCACACAAAAAGGCAGACAGUCGGGCACAGUUACAGUCAGAUACAGUUACACAGGAAGACAGUCACACACAGAGUACUUCCUCUCACACACACACACACACAGACAGACAGACACUGCUACAGACAGUCACACACAGAUUAGUCUCACACACAGUCACACACAGAGUACAGUCUCACACACACACACACACUCACAGGCAGACAUACACUGUUACAGACACUCACACACAGAGUGCAGUCUCUCUCUCACACACACGCACCCACACACAGGCAGUCAGUCACUGUUACAGACACACAGAGUACAGUCUCACACACACAGGGUACAUUGUUGCUCACACACACACACACACACACACAGGCAGACAGUCACACACCAAGUACAGUCUCUCUCUCUCUCACACAGACACACACACACACGCAGACAGUCACACACAGUUACAGACAGUCACACACAGAGUACAUUCUCUCACACACACAGACAGACACUGUUACAGUCACACACACUACAGUCACACACAAUUACCUGGAAGGGCAGAAUGGAAGCAGGGAUGCUCCUCCUCCACGCUCCUCCUGCAUUCCAAUUCGGGCAGGUUUGUCAGUGACCGACUGCGAGCUGUGUUGGCCACCUGGCACCCCUGUUGCCAUGGUACCCUGUGUGGCCGCACAGCUCACACCCCCCAAAGGCCGGCCCUGGUUACAGUCACACAAAAAAGCAGACAGUUGGGCACAGUUACAGUCAGAUACAGUUACACAGGCAGACAGUCACACACAGAGUACAGCCUCUGACACACACACACACACACACACACACACACACACACACACAGACACUGCUACAGACAGUCACACACAGAUUAGUCUCACACACACACAGUUACACCCAGAGUACAGUCUCACACACACACACACACACAGGCAGACAGUCAGACACUGCUGCAGUCACACACAGAGUACAGUCUCUCUCUCACACACGCACACACACACAUGCAGACAGUCACACACAGAGUACAGUGUCACACACAGACACACACAUAGUCCAGUCUCUCUCACACAUGCACACAGUCAGACACUGUUACAGACACUCACACACACAGUACAGUCACACACAGAGUACAGUCUCUCUCUCUCUCACACACACACACACACACACACACAGGCAGACAGUCAGUCACUGUUACAGACACUCACACACACACACACACACACAGAGUACAUUCUUGCUCUCACACACACGCACGUGCAUGCACACACACAGUACAGUCUAUCUCUCUCACUCACACUCACACACACACACACACACAGGCAGACAGGCAGACACAGUUAGACAGUCACACACAGAGUACAGUCUCUCACACACAGAGACACACUGUUACAGUCACACACACUACAGUCACACACACAAUUACCCAGAAGGGAGGAGUGGAAGCAGGGAUUCUUUUCUCUGCAGCAAGUACCUGAAGCUUCAGUGAGCUGCAAGCUCUGCCCUGGCUGCCUUUUAGCCUCAACUCAUCAAUGCAGUAAGCUCCGCCCCACCAUUCGGUAAGCCCCACCCUUUUACUUUCAUAGUCCCCGGUAGGAAAUAAUGAACUCUCCAACCCGCACAGCUCGCACACCCCUAAGGCCCUGGUUGUAAGAGAUACGCAAAGGAGGUGUAAGACACUCAAUGUGGGGGGGGAAACAAAAGGCGGUGGAGGGAGGAGUGAUAACGUAGGACAUACGCACAGGAGCGCACGUCCACGAGCGUGGUAAUGCUGAUGCCCUGAAGGAGAGAGCUCGUAGAGGAGACCCGCCGGUCUGAUGUUAGUAUACAUCUUGGAUUAAAUAUUUCGCCAAGCAUUCCCCUAACACUCUUAACACUCGCAGAAAGAGGGAAGUGGUACUAGUAACACCGUACAGAGACGCUGGAGUCCCUGGAGUUAAGCCUGCCUCGAGAAUAUUUGGAGGAAGGGGAGCGAGUGAGACAGAGGAGGUGUCAGUGUCGGUGAGAGCGUUGGUUGAGUCCCAGGUGGACUUACCAAUGCACUUCUUUUUUUUUCUCCCUCUUUCCUUUCUCUCUAUUGUUUGCGCUCCACAUAUAAUAUAUAGCAUGGCGAGAUAAAGUAAGACAGUUGUAAAGGAAAUAAAUCAAAUAUAAAUAUAAAGGUGGAAGAAAGUGAAAUGGUGAAGGGGUGGCAAAAUAAUAGAAGGCCAUAAAAGAAAAGUAAGAAAAAAAAAAAAAAAAAAAGAUAGAGAAAGAUACAAAAUGCAGAUGGCAGACUUGCUCUAAAUUAAAUGCCUGCUAAAGAAACACAGAAAUGACAGAGAGAAUAUAAACAAGCGUGAAAAAUUGUCUGUUGCCUAACAAAACUUGGACACACCUUUAAAGGGAUUACCAAUUAAGGCAUACAAUAUUAUUAUUAUUAUUAUUUUUUAUUUUUUUUCCUCUCUGCUUGUUUUUUUCUUUGACUGUACUAACUUAUCUUUGUAAAUGCUUGAAGCUUAAAAUUACCAAAAAAUAAAAUAAAAAUAAACGAUAAGGAAUAAUAGCAAAACGACCAGAGAUUAGAACAAAAGCCAGACUUAAUCCAGAGCAAUUAAUCAUAACAUAAACAGCUGUAAAAUACAACAUUGGAAGAAGCUCUAAAGCUACAAUCCAGCGGGAAGAUUCACGAUAAGGGAAAGGAGAGGAAAGAGAAGAAAUAAGAGACAAGUUUUUGUUUUUUCCUCUCUCUCAUGGCAGCAAAAAAGGCCCAGGAGGGUAAACAACUUACGAAGAGCGAGAAAGAGAGGGAGCUGGAAAUUAGACCAGAAAAAGAUUAUCUGCCUCUGCUUUGUCGCAACAACAGAGACAGGAGUUAGAGCAACAAAAUGAAACAGAUAUUUAAUUUCAAACAAUUAAAGAAAUAUAAAUCACGUCACCACAGAAGGAACUCUUAAAACAGAGCCAAAACACGGUUAAUCUUGCAGAAAUACAUGAGUGUUUAGAUACAGCUUUUGAAUGGCAAUUUGAUAAAAUAAAAAAUAAAAAUGAAAUAUAGGUGGGCCUUAUGGAAUUUAAAACUGAAAUUAUAUUAAUAGAGAAGUUAAGAUUAAUGAAUUAAAAAUAUAAUCUCUAGAAUACCAGCAAGCUAUAGCGGAAGAUGUUCAAGAAAACGCCAAGAAAAGAAUAGCAGACUUGGAAUUAAAAAUC